AUGUCAGAUAAAGCAAGUUCCUGUGAUUCAUCUGAUUUCUCUGAUGGUUAUCCAACAACAACAACAAUUAGUACAGUUGCAUUACAAGCUGGUAAUGCACGUAUUGUACUUGCUGUAUUACGUUGUGGAAGUUGGAUACGUGUUCGAAUUCAACGUAUGGAGCCAGAUCUUUAUGAUAUUGGUGGAAAUGCUGAUGAAGCUCGUUCAUUACAUGAAAUACAUCAACAUUUAUGUACCAAAUUAGCGUCGAAACAAGAACAAAUAUCAGAACUUUUAUCAAAAGCUGAUGAUUUGGUCACACAACAAACUUCAGAUAACCAAAGUCAAGUAUAUGCAGCAAUGGCUGAAUCGUUAAAUCGUGCUUGGCGAGAUUUACUGGGUAUAUUAACUCAACGUGGAAGAUUAUUAGAUUUAGCUAUGGAAUGCUUUAAUUCAGCUGACAAUGUAAUUCAACAAGCUGAAAGAGUUGAACACUUAUGCAUUACUGGUAGUUGGGGUCAUGAUAUCAGUUCGGUUCGUCGUUUAAUUGAAGAACAUGAAAAUUUAAAGCGUACUGGUUUACUAGAACCAUCUCAUAAUCUCCUGAAUUCAGCUAAUAAUUUAUUAGAAUUACUUGGUCGUAUGUCAAGUCAAACUGGCAGUUCAUCAUCUACAUCAAACACCGGUCCUAGACAUGCAAGUGUUGAAGCACGUGAACAUGUAGCUGCAAUUACAUCAAAAGCUGGAAUGACUAGAAGACAUGCAGAAGAUAUUUGGAAUCGUCGUGAUAAUCUACUUCAUUUAAGGUUAACUGUUGUCACUAUGGAAGCAGAAUUGGAACGUAUUGUUGAUUGGUUUGUAAAGACUGGUGAACCUCGUUUUUCAGACAUACAAGUUGGAACAAGUUUAUCGGAAUGUCAAACUAAUUUAGAUAGACUAAUGACAUUAACGGAUGAAGUACGUGAUUUACAAAGUGCUCAUUCACAUUUAACUCAAAAUCUUCAUCAAGCAACAACUACCGAUUCUUGGCGUAGAAAACGUGAAAAAAGUGUAUCUGAAAUAUUACGUGCACAAGAACAAGAAUUAGGAAUCCAUUCUACAUCAUUAAGUAUGGAUGUAGAUAAUGAAAAUGAAUUAAAAAGUAUUCAUGAUUCUGAUACAUGGCGUGUUACACAUGGUGCAUAUUCUGAAUUAAUUACACGAUUAAGAACUACAGAAUCUUAUAUCUGGGAAUUUUUAGAUCGAAUUGAAAAUCGAAGACGUCAAUUGCAUACUAGUGUGAUUUAUUAUAGUGAAAUCAAUGUGUUACUUAGCCAAAUCUAUCAACUUGAAUCCGAUAUGAAAAGAACAAGAGAUCUUCAGCAAACUGGAUUAGAGGAAAUUUAUUAUAAUAAAUUAACUGAUCUAGAAGUACGAGUACCUGGAUUAAAACAAACAAUGAAUGAGUUAAGAACAAGUUAUAAUGAAAAAAUUAAACCAUCUAAUUUAAGAUCACAACUUGGUGUGACAACAAAAUCUUACAUUGAUGAAUCGGAUCUCACUACAAUAGCAGCAGCUUCAGUUACUGGUAAAAUGCGUGAAGUUGAAGAAGGCAUUAGUAGAUGCCGAGAUCUGCUAAAUCAACAUAAAGAAUUAAAUAUCAAAGUACAAAAACGUGAAGAAACAGAAUUUCGGUUGAAUGAACUGAGCAUGUGGUUAAGUCAAAGGAUUCAUCGUUCGCUUGUGGAAUAUGGAAGGUAUGGAACGACAGUUGAACAAGUAGCAGAUUUUGAAGACGUACAUCGUCGUCUUCAACGUGAGCUGCAAUCUAGAGAACCUGAGUUAGAAGAAUUAAGAAUUGCGAUUAGUCGACUAUCUCCACCUGCUGGUAGAUCAAGCUCACAGGAUCGUUUAAAUGAACUAUCAUCUUGUUGGACACGUUAUAGACAAAUAAUUCAAUUACGAUUAGAAUUAGCUAAUCAAUUUUCUUCUUUACUAAAGGAUAUACGUGAGAAUGAUACUCAUUUUAAUUCAAUAAUUCAAAAAAUGAAUGAAGCUGAUCAUAUAAAAUUAACAACAACGAAUUUAGAUUUUCAGCCAAGUUGGACAAUUGGUACUGCCGAUACACAACAAAUAGCUGAACGAAUUCGACGUGAAUUAAAUAGGAUUACAAGUAGUUUAGAAGAAGAACAAAUAAUCAUUCGUCAAUUUAUCAAUCAUAUUACUCAAAGAGCUGAUCAAGAUUUGCAAAUAACUGAAACAGUUCAUUUUUGUCAAGUUCAAUUAGAAUUGAAUAAUAAACGUUUAAAUCAAUUACGUGAUUCAUGGGAUAAUUGUCAACAAUUAUGGGAUCAAUAUAAACUUGCUCAAGAACAAUGGAAUAUAUUUACAGAAACAGCUCAUCGUUUGGAUGAAUCGAUAACAUCAUCACUUUCACGUAUGUCCAGAACACCAUUACCAAGUCAACCACAUGAACUUGCAGAAGCUUUAAGGAUUCAUCAUAAUGAACGCAAUGAAAUCGAUCAUUUAACAUUGAAUUUAAAAACAGAAGCUCAACAAUUAGGCUCUAUGAUUGGUGCACAACCGGAUGAUCAUGACUAUAAUAAUCAAAGCUGGAGAUUUAUUGAAGUUCCGAAUAAAUUCACUUCUGGUCUACCAUUAUCAACUAUGGGAAAACGUUUACGUUCAGAAAUGUGUUUACGUUUAGCUGGUUUAGAAACAAGAUGGAAGGCAUGGGAUAAAGUAUGGACAUCAAGAAGUAUACAAUUGGAACGACGUGGAACACAUUUUGGACAGUUAACAACUAUUGAGGAGAUAGAAGCAGAAAUUAUUUCAGCUGAAAGGAAAUUACAACAGAUUAUGGGAAUGGUUUCAUUAACUGCACCAUUAUCACAAGUUCAAAUUGCUGAUAGAGAUCUUAGUCAAAUUGAGGCUACGAUACCAGUUUUACAUAGUCGAAUACGUUCUAGUGCACCUGAUAUAAAAUUACAAUUAAUUCAAGGUGAACCAUCACCAACAGAAUAUACUGGAACAAAUAUUGAUUUGUUAAAUGUUUCAAAACGUCAUGAACAACUUGAAACACGUUUAACAACAUUCACACAAGAAACUGUACGAUGUCGUACUGAAAUUAAUUUAACUCUACGCUUAUUAAAUGCAGUAGAUACAGCCCAGAAAGCUUUAUCACAGAUAACAUUUAAUUUAAAUCGUGUUAAAAAUCAACUACCAGAAAUUUCUUCAGAAAAUCGUUAUCAGAUUGAAGAGAUACGUUUUGAUAUAUCAGAACAAAUUAAUAGAGGACGAGUACUAGCUGAUACACAUAUACCAGUCUUGGAACAAUUAUCUAUUCAAUAUCCACGUCCUAUGGAAGCAAAACAAUUUAUCCAACCUAUUGUAAAUGAGUUUCAAUCGUCUAUUAAUAAUUUAAAUCAAUUAUCAGAUGAAAUUCGUAUAAGAACAGAACAAUCUAUUAAUUUACAACGUUUACAACCUACACAUGUAUAUGAUGAUCAAAUGAAAGCCACUACACUUACAAUGCCAAUAAAAGCGAAACCACCAAUAAUUAUUAAACCAUUAGAAAAUAUAACUAUAGAAGAAGGUAAAAAGAUAAUUAUGGAGACAAUAUUUGAUUCUGGUCUUCCACCAGAUGCUAACCCGUAUGAUACUAAUCAAUUACAAGUAACUUGGUACAAAGAUGGAAUACCUGUAGUUACUCCAGACUAUGAAAUCAAUUUAACAGAGAACACAGCAAGUUUGAAAAUAGCUGAAACUUUAAAUGAAGAUAAUGCUAUAUUCACAUGUUAUAUUAGUACACCAUAUGGUAAAGCUGAGACAAAAUGUACGUUAACAAUCAUAGAUACAAUAAGUCCAAUACCAGUCAAUGAAAGUUUAGUUCAACCUACUAGAAAUGUACGAGAACAAAAACCUACUCGUGAACUUGGUGAUCCACCUGAAUUUAUCAAACAUCUGAAAUCUAUGUGUAUAGAUGAAACUAGUGAAUUGGUAUUAGAUUGUCAAGCAGUUGGUUUACCUGUACCAAUUUUAUCAUGGUAUAGAAAUGGUCAAUUAAUUGAUCAAAAUCCUGAUUUUAAAAUUACUCAAUUAGCUGGAUCAGGAAUAUUAAGGAUUCCACAAUGUCGAAUGAUGAAUCAUUCUGGAUUAUAUUUAUGUCGUGCUACUAAUCCUUAUGGAGAAUGUUCAACCACUUGUCAAGUGGAUAUAAAUCCAGCUAAACCACCAAUAAUUAUUCAACCAUUACAAAAUGUUAAUCUUAAAGUUGGUGAUAGAUGUAAAUUAACUGUUCAGUAUAAGAGUGAACUUCCAGUUGAAGUAGAAUGGUAUCAUAAUGAUGUGCCAAUUCAAGGAGAGGUGGGUCGUCGACGUAUUACAAUGGAAUUAAAUAAUAUGAUCAGUUUACAUCUUCUUAUGGUUUCUGAUUUAGAAGACGGAAAGUAUACUUGUACAGUUCGUAAUGCAGCAGGCUCAGCUACUACAUAUUGUAAUGUUACUGUUCAACCAAUAGAUACAAGAGAAUCUUUAUUACCGUCACAAGUGACACUACGACCAACAGCUCCACGACGUAGAAGGGAUUUACAGUCUGAUUUACAUGAAGUAUUUGAACCAGUUAAAAUACCACGAAUAGUUCAAUCACCUACUAGAGUCACAGAAGAACAAGUGAUUCCAGUUAGUGCAGUUAAAGGAGCCUAUCCAAAAUAUACUCAAAGAGCUGUUUCAGUACCGCCUACAACAACAGCCUCUGUACCUUUAAGAAUACAAACAAAUGCCACAGGAGUACGUCCAGUAUCAGAUUAUGGCAGACCACCACAGUUUAUUCUACCACUACAAAAUGCUGGAGUGAAUGAAUCGGAAAAAAUCAAAUUAGAAUGUCAAAUUACUGGGAUUCCUGCACCGCAGGUUACUUGGCUUAAAAAUGGUAAUCCAUUACCUAGAUCUAAUUCAUAUAUAACUAAAGAGAUUGGACAAUAUCACUGUCUAAUCUUUUAUGAUGUAUUUCUUGAUGAUCAAGGUGAAUAUACAUGUGUUGCUGAAAAUUCAUAUGGAAAAGCAUUUAGUUCAUGUAGAAUGGAUGUUGAACCGAUUUGUGAAGAUGAACAACCAACUGAUAGUGAACCGACAUUAGUAAAACCAUUACCGCCAAGUUUAUCUGUUGUAGAGGGUGGAUCAGUGGAAUUAACAUGUCAAUUCACUGGAAGGCCACUACCUUCCAUAGUAUGGCUUAAAGAUGGUAAACAACCACAAUCCUCAACCAAUUUUCAGACAUUUCAAGAUUCUGGUUUUGCACGUCUUUAUAUACCAAAAGUCGAAAAAGAUAAAACUGGUGUAUAUGAAGCUGUAGCAACAAAUCCAUUAGGUAGUUGUUCUACCACUGUAUAUAUGGAAAUACUUCCAUCUAUAAGAACAUCUAUUGAUUUAUUGCCAACAAUUUCACCAGUGAUGAGUGGAAGUUCACCGGAAUUUACACGAAUAUUUAAAGACGUUUAUAUUGAAUCAGAACGUUUAGAAGAAGUGGUACUUGAAUGUUCAGUAGUUGGUGUUCCAACACCAGUAGUGUAUUGGACACAUAAUGGAAUAAUUAUCAGACUAGAUGAUCAACGUUAUACUAUUGGCCAAGGACCUGGUCCAAAUGAUCAUUGUUUAAUUAUUCGACGACCAGGACCAGAAUCAGCAGGUCGUUAUCAAGCUAUAGCUGAAAAUCUCCAUGGAAGAGUUACUUGUUCAGCAUUUAUAAGUCCUGUUGGUUAUAGUCAAACAAUAAUUAAAAGACCUCCAUCAACGAUGAGUUUAACAAGGCAUACAGUUACACGACAAAUAUGUCCACGUGAAACAUCGUUACCACCAUCACCAGCAAGUACUGCUCCAAUUAUUUCACCACAAUCAUUUGCUACAGUUCAAUUACCUUUAUCACCAGUACGAUUUCAAAGAGAAACAUCAGCUCCACCAUCACAAUACUACUUGACAAGACAUCAUUUACAAAUAAGACCAAGACAGCCAACACCACCAAUUCAACUAACCUUUGCAUUACCACGCAAAGAACAAUCAUUAAGUCGAACAGAGAUAAUACGACCUAUUGACAGUCAAUUAAAAUUACAAGGACAAGUAAAACAUUAUAGUAGUACACAACAUUUAUAUAAAAAACAAAUUACACCAAUUGUACCAAAUAUUGAAACACGUUAUUCACGACGUGUUGCUAGUCAACCACGUCUUUCACCAGGUUAUUCAUCAGAAGAAGAACAUGAACAUAGUAUGUCCGUUGUACCAAUGGUACGUCAUUAUAAAACACGUAUGGAAAGAAAUCUAGUAAGUAGACCAUAUAUCAUGUCUGGUUAUAGUUCAGUAAAAGAACAUAAACGUACAUUACAUAUUACACCAAUGAGACGUGAAUAUCAAACAUCAUUAGAACAUAAUUUACCAGCUAGGCCAACAUUAGAAAAAGGUUAUGCAGCUGAAGAAGAACGUGAAUAUGAAAUGAAUGUUGUACCUAUUGUACCUCAUACUGAUUAUAAAACUGAAUUAACAACUGAUAUUUAUAGUAAACCAGAACUGACACCAGGCUAUACUACAGAAACUGAACAUAUUCGAUCAUUUGAAGUUACUCCAAUGGUACCGGAAUAUCAUACAAAAAUGGAACGACAAAUAGCAAGUCAUCCAAUACUUGAAGCUGGUUAUUCAUCAGAAGAAGAACAUGAACAUAAAUUGGAUGUUAUCCCAAUGAUUACUUCAUAUAAAACUGAACUGAACACUGAUGUCCCCUCUAAACCAGAAUUGAUGCCUGGAUACGCUGUUGAAACUAAACAUCCUAUCAAACUUGAAGUUACACCAAUAGUUCCAGAAUAUCGUACUGAAUUAGAUACAAAAGUUGCUAGUCAUCCACAUUUAGAAGAAGGUUAUACAUCAGAAGGUGAACAUGAACAUCAAAUGGAACUAAUACCGCUAGUACCUGAAUACAAAACACAACUGUCAACAGAUUUAUCAGCAAAGACUGAAGUGAUUAGUGGUUAUGAAAGUCGAUUACAUUAUGAAAAAACUUAUCUUAUGGAAACUCAAUUAAAACAAUAUGAAACUGCUAUUUCAACUCAUCUACCAAGUAGGCCAUCUUUAACAUCAAUAUUUGAGUCGACUUUUGAACAUGAAACAAAUAUGAAUGUUGUUCCGGUUGUACCACAGAUUGAACAUCAUAAAAGUCAAUGGAUUACUGAUUUCUACGCUAGGUACCGUCCAGUUGAUGUAAUUGUUGAAGUACCUAUUCCACCAGAGUUUAUAAAACCUCUAGCCAAUGUUGUAGCUGAUGAAGGAGCAUGUGUUGUUAUAGAAGGUCUUGUAAAUGGUACACCACAACCAAAAAUAUCAUGGUAUCGUUCGGGACGUCAAUUAUCUGAUGGUCCUGAUUUCCGUUUAGAUUAUACAAAUAAUCGUGUACGAUUAACACUCAGUGAAGCAUUCCCUGACGAUGCAGGUGAAUAUACUUGUGAAGCUGAAAAUAUUGCAGGUCGUGCACAAAGUACUGCAAAUUUAAUAGUACGUGGUCGUUUAAUGACACCAAGAUUUAUUAAAGGACUUGAAAAUCAAGUAAUAUAUGAAAGAGAAUCAGUUCGAUUAAUUGUUAAAGUAGAUGGAUAUCCACCACCAACAGUUACAUGGACUCGUGAUGGUCAUGAAAUUACAAGUUCUCCAAACUAUAUACUUGAAUGUGAAGGUAAUGGUAUUUAUGCACUCAAUAUACCUGAAGCAUUCUUUGAAAAUUCUGGUCGUUAUGCUGUAAUUGCUGAGAAUCCAGCUGGAAAAUGUAUUUCUUCUGGUUUGUUAACUGUUUUAGAACCAGAAAGACCUUAUCCUCCUGAAGUAGAUAAGUUAUGUCUAAGCCAGUUGACAGUACAAGUAGAAGGUCUAAAACAAGUUCAAAUACCAUCCCCAGAAUCUCGACCGUAUCCAGAGAAGCCAUAUUUCACAAAAACCUUCAGUCCAGAAAUAGAAAUAUAUGAAGGUGAACGAUUAGUUUUAACAGCUGAAGCUUGUGGCAAUCCAAUACCAUUCAUUAAAUGGUACCUAAAUGGAAAACCAUUAGUUGAUAGCCCAGAUCAUCAACAAACUCAAGUUGGACCACCAGUGUCUGAUGUGAAUGAAUUACAGCCUCAUCCAGUAAUAAUGACAGGACAUUUAAUUAUGAAUGAACUAUUCUCAGAAGAUUCUGGUCUUUACACAUGUAUAGCAGAAAAUAUAGCGGGUCAAGCAGAAGUUAUGUCUAAUAUAAGUGUUAUAACAAAAACUAUAAGUGACACAAAAAAACCAACUAUUCAACCACCGGAGUUUAUUAAAUUCCCAGAAUCUCCAAUAAGAGUUCAACCUGAUCAAGAAUUGAUAUUAGAAGUAGAAGUUAAAGGUUUACCAUUGAAUUCAUUGAAUUGGUAUCAUAAUGGCAUGAUUGUUUAUAGUAAUCCAAAUCAAUUCAUUCAAAAUAUACCAAAUACAGGGAUUACAAGACUAAUUAUUCAACAAAUUCAACCAAAUGAUCAAGGAGAAUGGUUAGUGACAGCUACAAAUCCAGCUGGUUCAUGUUCAAAAUGUCUUCAAAUAAUUUGUGAAGAACCUAUAUCUGUUCUACCAGAACCAGUUGUUCAUACUGAAUAUGAAUUGAAAUUAAGUCAUCCAUCAAUGGAUAUCACCGAUUUAUCGCAUACAUAUCAACAACAAACAAUAUUUAUACAACCAGAAAUGAUUCCACCAAAUUUCAUUGAACGAUUUCCUAGUGAACUUAAAAUAAAUGAGAAGAUCCCACUGCAUAUACAUGGCAGAGUUUAUGGUCAGCCCAAACCAAGCGUACAAUGGCUUAAAAAUGGGAAACCAUUGUAUUCAAAUGAAAGGAUACAUUAUCAUGUAUUAGACAAUGGUGAAGUGGGAUUGGAAAUUACAGAACCUACUGAAGCUGAUUCUGGUAUUUAUGUAGCAUCAGCGAAAAAUCCUGCUGGAGAAGAUCAUUGUAUUGUUAACCUAUCCGUUGUACCGCUAUCAAGCGUUGCCCCAACUGGUCAACCACCAAUAUUCUGUCGAGGUCCCCUUCCUUGGUCUCCAACAGAAGCUGGUCCGAUAAUCACCUGUCCUGGUGUGUUAAACUUACAAGAAGGUCAACCUGUUCGCUUAGAAGCUGAGGUAAUCGGGAAACCAGUCCCAACAGUGUCAUGGUUUAUUAAUGGUCGUCCGAUUACCAUGGAUAAAACGCACAAGAUCGUCCCCAUGCGUGCAAACGUAUGUUCACUAAUUCUAGACACACCCAUACCUAACAUUGACUCUGGCGUCUGUAAUUGUAUUGCUAUUAAUCAAUUUGGUCAAGCAGAACUUCGAUUUAAUAUACAUGUCGAAGGUAAACCACAAACAAUUUCACAGGCUCCUCGGUUCAUACAAAAACCACCUACUCAACUAACAGCACCCCUUAAUGAAGAAGUUACAUUGUAUGCAGUUGCAGAAGGAAUACCACAACCAGUACUAUCAUGGCAUAAAGAUGGAAAGUUAUUCACUGGAACAUCAGAUGGUCGUAUUCAAAUUUCAAUAAAUGAACUAGAGACAACACUUCAUAUUGCAGCUUUGCAAGCUGAAGAUUUGAGUACAUGGCAGUGUUUAGCAGCAAAUAUAGCUGGAACUGCUUCAGCAAGAACAAAAAUUUCAGCACCAAUUGAAGAGAAACCUAAAGAAAUAAUUCGAAAGUUUAGUAUACCAAAGAAACAACCAGAAGGACUACAAGAAAUAACCUCCCCUAAUCCAAUAAUAAUGUCACCACCUCAGUCAGUAUGUAUAAAUGAAGGUGAAAAUGCUCGUUUUACAGCUCAUGUUGUUGCAAAUCCAUCACCAAUUGUAACAUGGUACGUCAAUGGUCAACCUGUACCUUCCUAUGGAAUUAUACAAGCACAACUACCGGAAAGUGAAGAAAUACGAUACAUCAGUAGAUUUGAUGGUUUGAUUUAUUAUCUAGAUAUGCAGAAAUGUAAACCUGAAGAUGCAGGUGAAAUAUUUAUUGUAGCUCAACGAAGUGAUAUUUCACCAGAAUUAGUAAACAUUGAACCAAAUGCUGUUGUAAGUGCUUCUGCUAAACUGGAGGUGAUACCAGUAAUUGAUUUGCGUGCACAACUCAAACCAAUUCCAAAACCAUCUGUUGAAGUAAUAGCUGAAAAAGUCAUGCCAUCACAAGAAGGUCCUGCAAUGCGUGCACCACGCUUCUUGAAAUUUUUACAACCUCAAACUGUUCCUGAAUCUUCAGAAAUAACGUUUUCAGUUGAAUUCGAUGGUGAACCAGUACCUGAAGUUAUAUGGGCACGUGAACAAGUCGAUAUCAGUAAUAGAGAAAACUAUAAAAUAACAACAACUUCUACAACUAGUCAACUUGUUAUUUCUAAAGCUCUUUUAGAAGAUACAGGGAAUUUCUCAGUAACACUGCGUAAUCCAGCUGGACAAGCUUGUAGUAAAUCAAGGCUUACAGUGACACAAAUUAAAGUAUCAGGAAAAGCUCCUGAAUUCAUACCACCAUUAAUAGAAUCACAAAUUGUUGAAGCUGGAGAACCAAUUACAUUUGAAUGCAAGGUUACUGGUGAACCAACUCCACAAGUUCAUUGGGAACGAAAUGGACAACGGUUACCUCUAAAAGAUCUUGAACAUAUACGCGUAUUUGAUGCGCCACCGUUUCAUACUCUUGUAUUAUGUGAAACUGUACCAGAUGAUUCUGCUGAGUAUCGUUGUGUAGCAAUAAAUGCUCAUGGACAGUCAAUUUGUAAAGCAAAUGUUACUAUACAAGCUAAACCAGCUGCUAUUGUCCCACCAAGAAUUCUACAAGAACCAAAAAGUGUAACUGUCAUGGAAUCUCAACCAGUUCAACUAAUUGCAUUAAUAGAAGGUACACCGAUGCCAGAAAUUACUUGGUUAUUAAAUAAUGAAAUUAUUAAACCAUCACAAUACUUUCUUCCUGAAAUUCGAUCAGAUGGUUAUACAAUACUUAAUAUUUCUAGUGUUUAUCCAGAAGAUACUGGAAUUUAUACAGUACGUGCUGUAAAUUCUGGUGGAGAAGCUCAAGCAUCAGCGGAAAUCUUAAUUUCUGCUCCACUACAAACUGCUCCACAAUUUGUUAAACCUUUACCUUCUGGGACACUGGAGGUAAAAGAAGGUGGACGAGUAUUCUUAGAAGUUCAAGUUUCAGGUGAACCUAUACCUCAAAUUGAUUGGUAUCAUAAUGGUCAAUCUUUACAAUCUGGACCAAAUUGGAAAGUUAAGACGGAUAGAUAUACUUCACAACUUGAAUGUAAUGUAAUCUCCAUGAAUGAUGGUGGUGAAAUUCUUGUCACAGCAACUAAUUCAGUUGGUCAAACAACUACGCAAACAAAAGUGGUGAUAAUCCGAUCAGGACCUAAACCAACUCCACCAGUUUUCCAAAAACGUCUGCAACCUCAAGUAAAGGCACCAGAGCAUCACACUGUCAGGUUGGAAUGUUCAGUAAAUGGAUAUCCGGAACCAACUUUACGAUGGUUUCAUAACGGUGUGGAGUUUGAACCAGUUUUAAUAUCAUCCCUUUCUCAUGAAAUGGCUGCUAAGAGAGAAUUAUAUAUUGAUGAGGCAACACAUACAUAUACAUUACACAUACAUGAUUUAAACGCUUUUGAUGUCGGAGAAAUUAUGGUACGCGCGGAGAAUGAACUUGGCGUAACUAUGUGUAGUAGUGUAUUAGAAUUAGAAAUUCUUGAUGGAAAAAUUGUUGAACCACGUUUUAUACGUCAACCACCAGAAAGAAUUGAAUUACAACCUGGAGACAGCGCUCAAUUAGAGUGUGAAGUAGAAUCCGAACCACCUGUUACAUUUAAAUGGUAUUUAAAUGGAUUACAAUUGGAUCAGUCAAAUAAACGAUUUAAAGUUCUUGAAGAUGUAAAUCGUACAACUCUUAUAAUUCCAUCUGUUCAAAAAGAUAUUCUUCCUAGUGAAGUGACUAUUGAAGCUGCUGGUCAAACUGGUACAAAGAUUGUAACAUCUUCAAUUUUAGUAAUGACAGCUAAAACAGAUGAUUUAUCAGUACCUGAACCACCAGAAUUACGUUUUAGUCGACAACUUCCAUCAAAUUUAGCAUACAGUGAAAUGGAUGAUACAAUAAUUCUUGAUGUAGAAGUUGAUAAACCAGAAAUAUCAUCAAUUGAAUUACCUAAACCUACAUUUAGUUGGUAUAUGAAUGGAAUAGAUAUAUUUUUAUUACCACCUGAUAAGAAACCUGAACGUUAUAAUGUUUCACAAGAUAAUCCAUGGCAUAGUCGAUUAACUAUUAAUAAACCUGGUACAUGGGAUUUUGGUGAAAUCACUUGUUUUGUAACACGGUUAACUGAUAAAAAAGAAGAAAAAAUUUAUACUUCAUGUAAUCUUGAACUGACUUAUCAACCAAUUAAACCAGACGAACAAUCUAAACCAAUUAUAUCAAAACUUGAAUUUGCACCACAAUUUAUACAAAGUUUACCAGACAAAUUAACACCAGAAAUUGGAUCAACUGUUGUAAUGGAUAUUAUAUUAAAAUCAAAUCCAAUACCUGAUAUUCAAUGGGUAAUAAGUUCACCAUUAACAGCUGAAAGAUUUGAAUAUUUUGGUCCAGAACAAAUUGAUAAUGAAACAUUACAAUAUCGUGCUAUAUUACAUAAUUAUCAACCUGAUAAAGAUGAUAAUACUAUGUUACAAAUGAUUGCAACCUCACCAUUAGGACAAUCUACAUCAAUAUGUCAUAUACAACCAAAAGAACAACAAAUUGUUAAUGUACAAUUUGCUAAAACAUUAAAUUCACAAUUAGAAGUUGUAUUAGAUCAAUCAAUUGAAUUAGAAUGUUCUAUUAUACCAACUAAUAUACCAAUUGAAUUUCGUUGGUAUAUUAAUGGUAUAGAAAUUACUGCUGAACAUAUACCAUAUGAAAUAAAUACUACUGAUUUUACAUCGAUAUUAAAAAUUCCUAAAAUUAAUUCUGAAAUGAUUGGUAGUACUAUUAGUGUAUCAAUAUGUUCUCCAUAUAGUAAUGAAUUAAAAAGUUCUUGUGAAUUAUAUACUAUAUCUGAAAGUCAUUUACCAAUUAUUGAAGAUAUUAUUACUGAAUUACCAACAAUUCCAGAGAUGUUAACAAUUAAAUCAAAAAUAAUUGAACAAGAAUAUGAAUUUAGUUUUAUUAAACCAAUUCAUUAUGAAAUAUAUCAAAAUUCAAAUGAAGAAUAUACUUUAGAAUUAGAAUGUCAGUUACUAACAGAUCAACAACCAGCGUCUAUUAAAUGGAGUCAUGAAGGUGUUGAAUUAAAUAUUUCUGAUCGUAUCGAACAGGUCUAUGAAUAUGAAAGUGGUUUAGCUAAACUAAUUAUACAUAAUAUUACACCUCAAGAUAUGGGUGAAUACGCUUGUAUUGCUACACAAGCUCAUCUUCAACCUUCACAAGUUGAAACAAUACAGAAAACAAUCACUACAAGUACUGUUGUGGAUAUAGAAGUUCCUGAAACGACAGAAGUUGUGCCAACAGUAACUGAGAAGGUUCUCACCUUCUUACAACCAGUAACACCGAAUAUCCACACUGUACAAGACCAUAAGGAUCUUGAACUGGAAUGUCAAAUUCAAGCAGAUUUAAAGCCAAUUCAAGUUGUCUGGGAAGUUGAUGGCAAGGAAUUAACUCAAUCUGAUCGUAAUGAAAUGAUAUAUUUUGAAGAUAGUGGAGUAGCUCGUCUAAUAGUACAUCAAGUGAUUCCAUCGGAUUCUGGUGAAUACACUUGCAAAGUUCAUGGUGAGGUGAUUGAAGCUGAGACCAAACAACAAAUGACGAAAACAAUUUCAUCUGGCUCAAUUGUUACAAUUGAAGUUCCUGAAACGACAGAAGUUGUGCCAACAGUAACUGAGAAGGUUCUCACCUUCUUACAACCAGUAACACCGAAUAUCCACACUGUACAAGACCAUAAGGAUCUUGAACUGGAAUGUCAAAUUCAAGCAGAUUUAAAGCCAAUUCAAGUUGUCUGGGAAGUUGAUGGCAAGGAAUUAACUCAAUCUGAUCGUAAUGAAAUGAUAUAUUUUGAAGAUAGUGGAGUAGCUCGUCUAAUAGUACAUCAAGUGAUUCCAUCGGAUUCUGGUGAAUACACUUGCAAAGUUCAUGGUGAGGUGAUUGAAGCUGAGACCAAACAACAAAUGACGAAAACAAUUUCAUCUGGCUCAAUUGUUACAAUUGAAGUUCCUGAAACGACAGAAGUUGUGCCAACAGUAACUGAGAAGGUUCUCACCUUCUUACAACCAGUAACACCGAAUAUCCACACUGUACAAGACCAUAAGGAUCUUGAACUGGAAUGUCAAAUUCAAGCAGAUUUAAAGCCAAUUCAAGUUGUCUGGGAAGUUGAUGGCAAGGAAUUAACUCAAUCUGAUCGUAAUGAAAUGAUAUAUUUUGAAGAUAGUGGAGUAGCUCGUCUAAUAGUACAUCAAGUGAUUCCAUCGGAUUCUGGUGAAUACACUUGCAAAGUUCAUGGUGAGGUGAUUGAAGCUGAGACCAAACAACAAAUGACGAAAACAAUUUCAUCUGGCUCAAUUGUUACAAUUGAAGUUCCUGAAACGACAGAAGUUGUGCCAACAGUAACUGAGAAGGUUCUCACCUUCUUACAACCAGUAACACCGAAUAUCCACACUGUACAAGACCAUAAGGAUCUUGAACUGGAAUGUCAAAUUCAAGCAGAUUUAAAGCCAAUUCAAGUUGUCUGGGAAGUUGAUGGCAAGGAAUUAACUCAAUCUGAUCGUAAUGAAAUGAUAUAUUUUGAAGAUAGUGGAGUAGCUCGUCUAAUAGUACAUCAAGUGAUUCCAUCGGAUUCUGGUGAAUACACUUGCAAAGUUCAUGGUGAGGUGAUUGAAGCUGAGACCAAACAACAAAUGACGAAAACAAUUUCAUCUGGCUCAAUUGUUACAAUUGAAGUUCCUGAAACGACAGAAGUUGUGCCAACAGUAACUGAGAAGGUUCUCACCUUCUUACAACCAGUAACACCGAAUAUCCACACUGUACAAGACCAUAAGGAUCUUGAACUGGAAUGUCAAAUUCAAGCAGAUUUAAAGCCAAUUCAAGUUGUCUGGGAAGUUGAUGGCAAGGAAUUAACUCAAUCUGAUCGUAAUGAAAUGAUAUAUUUUGAAGAUAGUGGAGUAGCUCGUCUAAUAGUACAUCAAGUGAUUCCAUCGGAUUCUGGUGAAUACACUUGCAAAGUUCAUGGUGAGGUGAUUGAAGCUGAGACCAAACAACAAAUGACGAAAACAAUUUCAUCUGGCUCAAUUGUUACAAUUGAAGCUGUUGAAAAAGAGGACAAACUCAUUUCACCAAUUUUUGUUCAUGAAUUAUCACCAUUAAAUAUUUCUGAAGGUGAAGAAAUUUAUUUAACAGCUACUGUUAAAGGAAAUCCUCAACCAGAAGAAGUGAUUUGGAAACAUAAUGGAAAUAUACUUCAACCAGAUGUAACGGAUGCUGUGAUGUUCUAUACCCCAGAAACAGGUGUUUGUGAAUUGACAAUAUCUGAAGCAUUUCCUGAAGAUUCAGGAAUUUAUUCUGUUGAAGUCCAGAAUACUCUUGGUAUAGCUGUUAGUCAAACUGAAGUAGUUGUAUUGGUAGAGGUAAGAAAAGAACCUACAAUUUUAAAGUCAGAAGAUCAGAAAGCAUCAAUUGUUGAAGAUGUUUUGACUGUUGUUACUGAUAUUUCAGAUGAUAAAGCACUUGUAUCUACGGUUGAAGGUGUAAAGUUACUUAAACAAGAAGUAAUUGUUAAUAUAGUGCAAACUGAAAAAACAGAAAUGUAUUCACCGAUUGAAACUCUUCCAGAAAUACCACAAGCGGCGAUUUAUGAACAUAUCAUAGAGGAGACAGAAUUCGAAAUAAGUUUGGAAGAACCGCUAGAGAUUAGUGAUGAUGAGUUAUUGCUUGAUGAAGGAGUUACACCAACACAUGUCGUUGUAUUAGAUGUUCUUAUACCUCAUGAUUCUGUAAGCAUUGAUGAAACAAGUAUAAGCGUAGAGGAAGCGGGCAAGGCUCAGUCGAUCCCAAGUGUAACUGAAAUUUCCUUACGUGACGUUUCUUUAGCCGCAGUUUCAGAUGUAAAUAUAACCGAACUAAAAGCUCUAGAGGAUAAUGUAAUAACACAGGAAGAAAAACCAAAAAUAACAGAAAAAGAAUAUCAAAAUCAAUCGAUAGAAAGAAACAGUUCAGAAAAACCCAAAAAACAAACGCAAGAGCAAAAUGAAGAGACUAAACAUGAAAUGAAGGAGCAGGUAACGGAAGCCGGAGACACAGUGACCACGAAGACCGCCGAGGUCAUUGUUCAAGAAGGGAAGGAGUCUGUGUCACAGACGAUGGAGUGGGUUUCAGAGGGCGUUGGUGAGUUGGAGGAAUCCGACCGUCAGGAUAGUGCUCGUGUUGUGGAACAGCCGAGUGAAGUAAGUGUGGCCGUUUCUGAAAAGCCCACGGAAGUGGCGACACCUGAGAAGGUCCCAGUGAAGGAGGCUGUGGUCGACAAGGCCCCAGUGGAAUCGGAGACAGUCCCGAUUUCAAUUGUUAGCAAAGGAGUGGUAGAGGUGACGGACAUGAAAAGCACAGUCGGAGUGACAGAGGAAUCUGGUAGUGUGGCGGAGCAGAAGACUUUGGUUGUGGAGCAGGUGGCGGAAUCCAAGGAGACUGUGACUGUUAAGAUGGAGGAGCGGGUUGUACAGGAGGUGGAGAAGGAGUCCGUCCCAGAGACCAUGGAGUGGGUUUCAGAGGGUGUUGGUGAGUUGGAGGAAGCCGGCCGUCAGGAUAGUGCUCGUGUUGUGGAGCAGCCGAGCGAAGUGGGUGUUGCAGUUUCCGAAACGCAGGUGGAGGUGGAGACGGUUGAGGUGGUGUCAGUGAAGGAGGCUGUGGUGGACGAGACCCCAGUGGAAUCGAGGACAGUCUCUGUCUCAAGUGUGACGGAGGAGAAGAGCGUGGUCUCAGCGACAGAAGACAUUGCCAUGGAGGUGGAGCAGGUGACUUUGACCGUGGAUGAGGUGUCGCCUCGUAUGGAAUCCCUGACGUCCUCAGCUGAAGAACGUGUUGUCAGUGAGGCUGUUCCACUGGAGGAGACGGUCUAUGAUGUGUACGAAACGGAACAGGUUGAAGCUGUAUCACGUCCCACCACUGACGCUGUCGCUUCUGGUGUUGUCUCCUCGACUACUCCUUCUCUGUCUGACGUUGUCAGUGUUGAAGAAGUUCCUUCUGAGGUAACGGAAGCCGGAGACACAGUGACCACGAAGACCGCCGAGGUCAUUGUUCAAGAAGGGAAGGAGUCUGUGUCACAGACGAUGGAGUGGGUUUCAGAGGGCGUUGGUGAGUUGGAGGAAUCCGACCGUCAGGAUAGUGCUCGUGUUGUGGAACAGCCGAGUGAAGUAAGUGUGGCCGUUUCUGAAAAGCCCACGGAAGUGGCGACACCUGAGAAGGUCCCAGUGAAGGAGGCUGUGGUCGACAAGGCCCCAGUGGAAUCGGAGACAGUCCCGAUUUCAAUUGUUAGCAAAGGAGUGGUAGAGGUGACGGACAUGAAAAGCACAGUCGGAGUGACAGAGGAAUCUGGUAGUGUGGCGGAGCAGAAGACUUUGGUUGUGGAGCAGGUGGCGGAAUCCAAGGAGACUGUGACUGUUAAGAUGGAGGAGCGGGUUGUACAGGAGGUGGAGAAGGAGUCCGUCCCAGAGACCAUGGAGUGGGUUUCAGAGGGUGUUGGUGAGUUGGAGGAAGCCGGCCGUCAGGAUAGUGCUCGUGUUGUGGAGCAGCCGAGCGAAGUGGGUGUUGCAGUUUCCGAAACGCAGGUGGAGGUGGAGACGGUUGAGGUGGUGUCAGUGAAGGAGGCUGUGGUGGACGAGACCCCAGUGGAAUCGAGGACAGUCUCUGUCUCAAGUGUGACGGAGGAGAAGAGCGUGGUCUCAGCGACAGAAGACAUUGCCAUGGAGGUGGAGCAGGUGACUUUGACCGUGGAUGAGGUGUCGCCUCGUAUGGAAUCCCUGACGUCCUCAGCUGAAGAACGUGUUGUCAGUGAGGCUGUUCCACUGGAGGAGACGGUCUAUGAUGUGUACGAAACGGAACAGGUUGAAGCUGUAUCACGUCCCACCACUGACGCUGUCGCUUCUGGUGUUGUCUCCUCGACUACUCCUUCUCUGUCUGACGUUGUCAGUGUUGAAGAAGUUCCUUCUGAGAUAAAACCUCUAGAAUGUUCAAAACUGACUGCUCCAUCAACUCCUGUCAAUAUAAAAAUUCAUAUCAUUCCGCCAGAAAGUCCAUCUUCAAAACCCAAGCUACAUAUAACUUGGCAACAACCUGAUGAUAUUCCAGUAACUAAUUUCUAUAUAGAAUUUAAACCAACGAAUUCCAAAACAUGGCAAGAUGUAUUUGCUGACUUCACUAUUACUGAACCUCAAACAAUAUUACCAACUGAUGAUUUACAAGAAUUUGUCAGUUAUGAAUUUCGUGUUGUUGCUGAAAAUGAGGCAGGCAAAAGUGUUCCGUCAUUACCAUCAAAUUCAAUUGAAUUAGGUAUACCGUUAGAAUUCAUUCGCCCGUUGACGGAUAUAACUGUCGGCACAGUGACAAAUGAACCAGUCAUACUUGAAUGUGAACUAUCUCGAACUCCACGUGACAAGAUCCAAUGGUUUAAGGAUGGAAAAGCACUACCCAGCAGACUGUCGAGUAGAAUAAAAGUUGAAGAGUUGGAGAAUGGGAAAGUUCACAGAAUUAUCUUCAGUCCAUUGACAGAGGAAGAUCUAGGUGUUUAUUCUGUGAAAGUAGAGAAUUUGACAAGUGAAGCACGAGUGGAUAUGAAGAUUGCACCAACACUGAAGCUGUCGGAAUCAUUCUCUGACAAAGUCAUCAUGAAGGCAGGAGAGGCGGCCGUCUUCGAAAUACCAUUCGUCGCCAGUCCGAAACCGACAGUGACCUGGUCAUGGAGGCCAAGAACACGUCCUGAUGCGGAGUUGGGAUCAGCUCAGACUCCACGAUUUAAGGCUGACGUGGUGUCCGGACUGACAUCACUUCCAGUGAGUAAGGUGAAGCGUGAAGAUGCUGGUGAGUACAGUGUGGUCAUCAGUAAUGAAUUGGGCGAGGUGACAGUGAGCAUUGAGUUGAUUGUAUUGGACAAACCGUCUGUACCUCGUAAUUUAGUUGCGAGUGAUAACACUGGUGAGAGUGUUUUGUUCAGUUGGACGGAACCAGAAUUCCUCGGUCUUCAUCCUGAUGUAGGAGUUAGUGAUGGAUUGAGUUACGUUGUCGAGAUGCGUCAGUCAACUCAACGUGCGAGUAGGUCGGUGACAGUGACGAGUGAAUUGAAUACUCUUAUAGACAAAUUGCAAGUGAACAAGUCCUAUGUGUUUAGUGUUGCAGCUAAAAAUGAUGUCGGUCAGUCGGAAUUCGCUGAAACGAGUCCAGUUUCGACGAAGUUGGAAUAUGGUCCACCACCGAGUCCAGUCAAUGUGAAGGCAGUCGUCAAUCCACAGAAGGCGUCUAUCAAAGAUCAAACGAUAGAACUGACGUGGGAACAACCAACCGACCAAGUGUCUGCCAGUGGACCGGUCACAAACUUCUACAUCGAAUUGAAACCUGAAGAUUCAACUCGAUGGCAGGACGUGAGUGCCGACUUCACAAUCACCGAACCACACUUCACACUUCCUACUGAUAAAUUGCAAGAGUUUGUGAGUUAUGAGUUCCGUGUAACAUCAGAGAAUAAAGCUGGCAAGAGUAAACCUUCUUCACCAUCGAACGCUGUUCAACUAGGUAUACCGUUAGAAUUCAUUCGCCCGUUGACGGAUAUAACUGUCGGCACAGUGACAAAUGAACCAGUCAUACUUGAAUGUGAACUAUCUCGAACUCCACGUGACAAGAUCCAAUGGUUUAAGGAUGGAAAAGCACUACCCAGCAGACUGUCGAGUAGAAUAAAAGUUGAAGAGUUGGAGAAUGGGAAAGUUCACAGAAUUAUCUUCAGUCCAUUGACAGAGGAAGAUCUAGGUGUUUAUUCUGUGAAAGUAGAGAAUUUGACAAGUGAAGCACGAGUGGAUAUGAAGAUUGCACCAACACUGAAGCUGUCGGAAUCAUUCUCUGACAAAGUCAUCAUGAAGGCAGGAGAGGCGGCCGUCUUCGAAAUACCAUUCGUCGCCAGUCCGAAACCGACAGUGACCUGGUCAUGGAGGCCAAGAACACGUCCUGAUGCGGAGUUGGGAUCAGCUCAGACUCCACGAUUUAAGGCUGACGUGGUGUCCGGACUGACAUCACUUCCAGUGAGUAAGGUGAAGCGUGAAGAUGCUGGUGAGUACAGUGUGGUCAUCAGUAAUGAAUUGGGCGAGGUGACAGUGAGCAUUGAGUUGAUUGUAUUGGACAAACCGUCUGUACCUCGUAAUUUAGUUGCGAGUGAUAACACUGGUGAGAGUGUUUUGUUCAGUUGGACGGAACCAGAAUUCCUCGGUCUUCAUCCUGAUGUAGGAGUUAGUGAUGGAUUGAGUUACGUUGUCGAGAUGCGUGAGUCAACUCAACGUGCGAGUAGGUCGGUGACAGUGACGAGUGAAUUGAAUACUCUUAUAGACAAAUUGCAAGUGAACAAGUCCUAUGUGUUUAGUGUUGCAGCUAAAAAUGAUGUCGGUCAGUCGGAAUUCGCUGAAACGAGUCCAGUUUCGACGAAGUUGGAAUAUGGUCCACCACCGAGUCCAGUCAAUGUGAAGGCAGUCGUCAAUCCACAGAAGGCGUCUAUCAAAGAUCAAACGAUAGAACUGACGUGGGAACAACCAACCGACCAAGUGUCUGCCAGUGGACCGGUCACAAACUUCUACAUCGAAUUGAAACCUGAAGAUUCAACUCGAUGGCAGGACGUGAGUGCCGACUUCACAAUCACCGAACCACACUUCACACUUCCUACUGAUAAAUUGCAAGAGUUUGUGAGUUAUGAGUUCCGUGUAACAUCAGAGAAUAAAGCUGGCAAGAGUAAACCUUCUUCACCAUCGAACGCUGUUCAACUAGGUAUACCGUUAGAAUUCAUUCGCCCGUUGACGGAUAUAACUGUCGGCACAGUGACAAAUGAACCAGUCAUACUUGAAUGUGAACUAUCUCGAACUCCACGUGACAAGAUCCAAUGGUUUAAGGAUGGAAAAGCACUACCCAGCAGACUGUCGAGUAGAAUAAAAGUUGAAGAGUUGGAGAAUGGGAAAGUUCACAGAAUUAUCUUCAGUCCAUUGACAGAGGAAGAUCUAGGUGUUUAUUCUGUGAAAGUAGAGAAUUUGACAAGUGAAGCACGAGUGGAUAUGAAGAUUGCACCAACACUGAAGCUGUCGGAAUCAUUCUCUGACAAAGUCAUCAUGAAGGCAGGAGAGGCGGCCGUCUUCGAAAUACCAUUCGUCGCCAGUCCGAAACCGACAGUGACCUGGUCAUGGAGGCCAAGAACACGUCCUGAUGCGGAGUUGGGAUCAGCUCAGACUCCACGAUUUAAGGCUGACGUGGUGUCCGGACUGACAUCACUUCCAGUGAGUAAGGUGAAGCGUGAAGAUGCUGGUGAGUACAGUGUGGUCAUCAGUAAUGAAUUGGGCGAGGUGACAGUGAGCAUUGAGUUGAUUGUAUUGGACAAACCGUCUGUACCUCGUAAUUUAGUUGCGAGUGAUAACACUGGUGAGAGUGUUUUGUUCAGUUGGACGGAACCAGAAUUCCUCGGUCUUCAUCCUGAUGUAGGAGUUAGUGAUGGAUUGAGUUACGUUGUCGAGAUGCGUGAGUCAACUCAACGUGCGAGUAGGUCGGUGACAGUGACGAGUGAAUUGAAUACUCUUAUAGACAAAUUGCAAGUGAACAAGUCCUAUGUGUUUAGUGUUGCAGCUAAAAAUGAUGUCGGUCAGUCGGAAUUCGCUGAAACGAGUCCAGUUUCGACGAAGUUGGAAUAUGGUCCACCACCGAGUCCAGUCAAUGUGAAGGCAGUCGUCAAUCCACAGAAGGCGUCUAUCAAAGAUCAAACGAUAGAACUGACGUGGGAACAACCAACCGACCAAGUGUCUGCCAGUGGACCGGUCACAAACUUCUACAUCGAAUUGAAACCUGAAGAUUCAACUCGAUGGCAGGACGUGAGUGCCGACUUCACAAUCACCGAACCACACUUCACACUUCCUACUGAUAAAUUGCAAGAGUUUGUGAGUUAUGAGUUCCGUGUAACAUCAGAGAAUAAAGCUGGCAAGAGUAAACCUUCUUCACCAUCGAACGCUGUUCAACUAGGUAUACCGUUAGAAUUCAUUCGCCCGUUGACGGAUAUAACUGUCGGCACAGUGACAAAUGAACCAGUCAUACUUGAAUGUGAACUAUCUCGAACUCCACGUGACAAGAUCCAAUGGUUUAAGGAUGGAAAAGCACUACCCAGCAGACUGUCGAGUAGAAUAAAAGUUGAAGAGUUGGAGAAUGGGAAAGUUCACAGAAUUAUCUUCAGUCCAUUGACAGAGGAAGAUCUAGGUGUUUAUUCUGUGAAAGUAGAGAAUUUGACAAGUGAAGCACGAGUGGAUAUGAAGAUUGCACCAACACUGAAGCUGUCGGAAUCAUUCUCUGACAAAGUCAUCAUGAAGGCAGGAGAGGCGGCCGUCUUCGAAAUACCAUUCGUCGCCAGUCCGAAACCGACAGUGACCUGGUCAUGGAGGCCAAGAACACGUCCUGAUGCGGAGUUGGGAUCAGCUCAGACUCCACGAUUUAAGGCUGACGUGGUGUCCGGACUGACAUCACUUCCAGUGAGUAAGGUGAAGCGUGAAGAUGCUGGUGAGUACAGUGUGGUCAUCAGUAAUGAAUUGGGCGAGGUGACAGUGAGCAUUGAGUUGAUUGUAUUGGACAAACCGUCUGUACCUCGUAAUUUAGUUGCGAGUGAUAACACUGGUGAGAGUGUUUUGUUCAGUUGGACGGAACCAGAAUUCCUCGGUCUUCAUCCUGAUGUAGGAGUUAGUGAUGGAUUGAGUUACGUUGUCGAGAUGCGUGAGUCAACUCAACGUGCGAGUAGGUCGGUGACAGUGACGAGUGAAUUGAAUACUCUUAUAGACAAAUUGCAAGUGAACAAGUCCUAUGUGUUUAGUGUUGCAGCUAAAAAUGAUGUCGGUCAGUCGGAAUUCGCUGAAACGAGUCCAGUUUCGACGAAGUUGGAAUAUGGUCCACCACCGAGUCCAGUCAAUGUGAAGGCAGUCGUCAAUCCACAGAAGGCGUCUAUCAAAGAUCAAACGAUAGAACUGACGUGGGAACAACCAACCGACCAAGUGUCUGCCAGUGGACCGGUCACAAACUUCUACAUCGAAUUGAAACCUGAAGAUUCAACUCGAUGGCAGGACGUGAGUGCCGACUUCACAAUCACCGAACCACACUUCACACUUCCUACUGAUAAAUUGCAAGAGUUUGUGAGUUAUGAGUUCCGUGUAACAUCAGAGAAUAAAGCUGGCAAGAGUAAACCUUCUUCACCAUCGAACGCUGUUCAACUAGGUAUACCGUUAGAAUUCAUUCGCCCGUUGACGGAUAUAACUGUCGGCACAGUGACAAAUGAACCAGUCAUACUUGAAUGUGAACUAUCUCGAACUCCACGUGACAAGAUCCAAUGGUUUAAGGAUGGAAAAGCACUACCCAGCAGACUGUCGAGUAGAAUAAAAGUUGAAGAGUUGGAGAAUGGGAAAGUUCACAGAAUUAUCUUCAGUCCAUUGACAGAGGAAGAUCUAGGUGUUUAUUCUGUGAAAGUAGAGAAUUUGACAAGUGAAGCACGAGUGGAUAUGAAGAUUGCACCAACACUGAAGCUGUCGGAAUCAUUCUCUGACAAAGUCAUCAUGAAGGCAGGAGAGGCGGCCGUCUUCGAAAUACCAUUCGUCGCCAGUCCGAAACCGACAGUGACCUGGUCAUGGAGGCCAAGAACACGUCCUGAUGCGGAGUUGGGAUCAGCUCAGACUCCACGAUUUAAGGCUGACGUGGUGUCCGGACUGACAUCACUUCCAGUGAGUAAGGUGAAGCGUGAAGAUGCUGGUGAGUACAGUGUGGUCAUCAGUAAUGAAUUGGGCGAGGUGACAGUGAGCAUUGAGUUGAUUGUAUUGGACAAACCGUCUGUACCUCGUAAUUUAGUUGCGAGUGAUAACACUGGUGAGAGUGUUUUGUUCAGUUGGACGGAACCAGAAUUCCUCGGUCUUCAUCCUGAUGUAGGAGUUAGUGAUGGAUUGAGUUACGUUGUCGAGAUGCGUGAGUCAACUCAACGUGCGAGUAGGUCGGUGACAGUGACGAGUGAAUUGAAUACUCUUAUAGACAAAUUGCAAGUGAACAAGUCCUAUGUGUUUAGUGUUGCAGCUAAAAAUGAUGUCGGUCAGUCGGAAUUCGCUGAAACGAGUCCAGUUUCGACGAAGUUGGAAUAUGGUCCACCACCGAGUCCAGUCAAUGUGAAGGCAGUCGUCAAUCCACAGAAGGCGUCUAUCAAAGAUCAAACGAUAGAACUGACGUGGGAACAACCAACCGACCAAGUGUCUGCCAGUGGACCGGUCACAAACUUCUACAUCGAAUUGAAACCUGAAGAUUCAACUCGAUGGCAGGACGUGAGUGCCGACUUCACAAUCACCGAACCACACUUCACACUUCCUACUGAUAAAUUGCAAGAGUUUGUGAGUUAUGAGUUCCGUGUAACAUCAGAGAAUAAAGCUGGCAAGAGUAAACCUUCUUCACCAUCGAACGCUGUUCAACUAGGUAUUCCACUCGAAUUUAUACGACCACUAACUGACUUGACUGUUGAUAAAGUAACCAAUGAACCAGUCAUCCUUGAGUGUGAACUAUCUCGUACUCCUCGUGAUAAAGUACAAUGGUUGAAGGAUGGGAAACCUAUUGGUCGUCUACCAGACCGUGUGAUAAUUGAGGAGUUGGAGAAUGGAAGAAUCCAUCGUGUGAAGUUCACUUCAUUAAUCGAUGAUGAUUUGGGUGUAUAUAGUUUACGUGUUGAGAAGUUAUCUAGUGAAUGUCGACUAGAUAUGAAAGUACCGCCAACAUUGAGAUUAUCCGAUUCGUUCUCCGAUCGAGUGAUCAUCAAGGCUGGAGGUGCUAUGGUGUUCGAAAUACCAUUCACUGCCAGUCCUAAACCAAAAGUCGAAUGGACAUGGAGACAGCGAAGUCGACCAGAUGGUGAAUUGGGACCGGUACAAAGUCCACGAUUUAAGGCUGACGUGGUGUCGGGAUUGACAUCAUUGCCUGUGAGUAAGGUGAAGCGUGAGGAUGCCGGUGACUACACAGUGGUGAUCAGUAACGAGUUGGGUGAAGUGUCUGUGACGAUUCAGAUGAUUGUGAUUGACAAGCCAUCUGUACCUCGUGAUUUGGAGGUGAGUGAGAACAGUGGUGAGAGUGUGUUGUUGAGUUGGAAGGAGCCAGAAUUUGUUGGUUUGUCCACGACGACGACGACGACAGAUGUGAGUGUGAGUGGUGUUGGUGGAUUGUUGGAGUAUGUGGUUGAGAUGCGUGAGUCUAGUCAACGUGCUGGUCGUGGAGUGAGUAAAACGAGUGAAUUGAGUGUGAGGAUUGACGGUCUUCAGAUCAACAAGUCGUAUGUGUUUAGUGUUGCAGCGAAGAAUGAUGUUGGUCAAUCCGAGUUUGCAGAAACGAAACCAGUUUCAACUAAAUUAGAUUAUGGUCCACCACUAAGUCCAGUCAAUGUGAAGGCAGUUGUCAAUCCACAGAAGGCGUCUAUCAAAGAUCAAACGAUAGAACUGACGUGGGAACAACCAACCGACCAAGUGUCUGCCAGUGGACCGGUCACAAACUUCUACAUCGAAUUGAAACCUGAAGAUUCAACUCGAUGGCAGGACGUGAGUGCCGACUUCACAAUCACCGAACCACACUUCACACUUCCUACUGAUAAAUUGCAAGAGUUUGUGAGUUAUGAGUUCCGUGUAACAUCAGAGAAUAAAGCUGGCAAGAGUAAACCUUCUUCACCGUCAAAUGCAAUACGAUUAGGUAUUCCACUCGAAUUUAUACGAUCACUAACUGACUUGACUGUUGAUAAAGUAACCAAUGAACCAGUCAUCCUUGAGUGUGAACUAUCUCGUACUCCUCGUGAUAAAGUACAAUGGUUGAAGGAUGGGAAACCUAUUGGUCGUCUACCAGACCGUGUGAUAAUUGAGGAGUUGGAGAAUGGAAGAAUCCAUCGUGUGAAGUUCAAUUCAUUAAUCGAUGAUGAUUUGGGUGUAUAUAGCUUACGUGUUGAGAAGUUAUCUAGUGAAUGUCGACUAGAUAUGAAAGUUCCACCAACAUUGAGAUUAUCCGAUUCGUUCUCCGAUCGAGUGAUCAUCAAGGCUGGAGGUGCUAUGGUGUUCGAAAUACCAUUCACUGCCAGUCCUAAACCAAAAGUCGAAUGGACAUGGAGACAGCGAAGUCGACCAGAUGGUGAAUUGGGACCGGUACAAAGUCCACGAUUUAAGGCUGACGUGGUGUCGGGAUUGACAUCAUUGCCUGUGAGUAAGGUGAAGCGUGAGGAUGCCGGUGACUACACAGUGGUGAUCAGUAACGAGUUGGGUGAAGUGUCUGUGACGAUUCAGAUGAUUGUGAUUGACAAGCCAUCUGUACCUCGUGAUUUGGAGGUGAGUGAGAACAGUGGUGAGAGUGUGUUGUUGAGUUGGAAGGAGCCAGAAUUUGUUGGUUUGUCCACGACGACGACAGAUGUGAGUGUGAGUGGUGUUGGUGGAUUGUUGGAGUAUGUGGUUGAGAUGCGUGAGUCUAGUCAACGUGCUGGUCGUGGAGUGAGUAAAACGAGUGAAUUGAGUGUGAGGAUUGACGGUCUUCAGAUCAACAAGUCGUAUGUGUUUAGUGUUGCAGCGAAGAAUGAUGUUGGUCAAUCCGAGUUUGCAGAAACGAAACCAGUUUCAACUAAAUUAGAUUAUGGACCACCUAUGACUCCAGUCAAUGUGAAGGCAGUCGUCAAUCCACAGAAGGCGUCUAUCAAAGAUCAAACGAUAGAACUGACGUGGGAACAACCAACCGACCAAGUGUCUGCCAGUGGACCGGUCACAAACUUCUACAUCGAAUUGAAACCUGAAGAUUCAACUCGAUGGCAGGACGUGAGUGCCGACUUCACAAUCACCGAACCACACUUCACACUUCCUACUGAUAAAUUGCAAGAGUUUGUGAGUUAUGAGUUCCGUGUAACAUCAGAGAAUAAAGCUGGCAAGAGUAAACCUUCUUCACCAUCGAACGCUGUUCAACUAGGUAUUCCACUAGAAUUUGUUCGUCCGCUGAUUGAUGUUACUGUAAAUGAGGUUGAUGAAAAACCAGUUGUAUUGGAAUGUGAAUUAUCUCGUUCACCACGUGAUAAGGUACAAUGGUUAAAAGAUGGUAAAUCUCUAAGUCGUUUACCAAACCAUGUAUCAAUUGAAGAAUCAAGUAACCAAAAGAUUCACUCUAUUACGUUCCGUUCUUUAACUGAUGAUGAUUUGGGUGUCUAUACGAUAAAAGUAGAAAAGUUAUCAAGCGAGGCAAAACUUUCAAUGAAAGUUCCGCCAACACUGAGAUUAUCCCAUUCGUUCUCCGAUCGAGUGAUCAUCAAGGCUGGAGGUGCUAUGGUGUUCGAAAUACCAUUCACUGCCAGUCCUAAACCAAAAGUCGAAUGGACAUGGAGACAGCGAAGUCGACCAGAUGGUGAAUUGGGACCGGUACAAAGUCCACGAUUUAAGGCUGACGUGGUGUCGGGAUUGACGUCAUUGCCUGUGAGUAAGGUGAAGCGUGAGGAUGCCGGUGACUACACAGUGGUGAUCAGUAACGAGUUGGGUGAAGUGUCUGUGACGAUUCAGAUGAUUGUGAUUGACAAGCCAUCUGUACCUCGUGAUUUGGAGGUGAGUGAGAACAGUGGUGAGAGUGUGUUGUUGAGUUGGAAGGAGCCAGAAUUUGUUGGUUUGUCCACGACGACGACGACGACAGAUGUGAGUGUGAGUGGUGUUGGUGGAUUGUUGGAGUAUGUGGUUGAGAUGCGUGAGUCUAGUCAACGUGCUGGUCGUGGAGUGAGUAAAACGAGUGAAUUGAGUGUGAGGAUUGACGGUCUUCAGAUCAACAAGUCGUAUGUGUUUAGUGUUGCAGCGAAGAAUGAUGUUGGUCAAUCCGAGUUUGCAGAAACGAAACCAGUUUCAACUAAAUUAGAUUAUGGACCUCCAACUCCUCCAUUGAAUGUUACUGCAUCUGUAUCUCCAUCAUGUGCUGAACCAGAAGAUCAAAUGAUAACAGUGAAUUGGUCGGAAUCUGAGACAGCAACAAAAACAUCUACUGGAUCAUCUCCACUUUAUUACAUUGUAGAGUAUAGAGUAGAUGAAGGACGUGUUUGGAAUAAAUUAAUCUGUGGUAAAGAAGUUACUGGUAUGAAGUUAGAUUUUCCUCCAAUUAAAGAAAAUAUGAGCGCUGGUAAAUCAUAUGACUUCAGAGUUAUAGCUGUUAAUAAAGCUGGUACAAGUGAACCAUCAAAACCAUCGAAUUCAAUCCAACUAGGUAUAUUACUCGAAUUUAUACGUCAAUUAGAAGAUUUAAUUAUAACUAACAUUGAACCAAUUGAAUAUAAAUUGGAAUGUGAAUUAUCACGUAAACCAAGAACAAUGAUAGCUUGGACAAAAGAUAAUAAACCAUUAAUUAUAAGAUCCGAUGAUACACAUAUGAAAUUUAUUGAUCAAGGCACAAUUCAAUCAAUUCAUUUUACACAUUUAAUUGAUACAGAUAUUGGUGAUUAUGCAAUACAAGUAGAGAAUAUUUCAUCAAAAUGUAAAUUAGAAAUUAAAGCUCCACCAACAAUUCGAAUAUCUGAUCAAUUUGAAGAUCAUAUUACUUUAAAGGCUGGUACUUCAAAAAUCCUAGAAAUUCCAUUUAUAUCUUCACCAAAACCUAAAAUUAAAUGGACAUGGGCACCAAGCACUGAUUUGACUCAAGAACAAACUCCUAGAUUUAAACCCGAUAUAGUUGCUGGUUUAACUACAUUACCUUUAAGUCGAGUAAAACGUGAAGAUAGUGGAGCAUAUAAAGUUACAAUAUCAAAUGAUCUUGGUGAAAUUUCCAUAACAAUUCAUGUCAUUGUUAUUGAUAAACCAUCUCCACCAAGAAAUCUUGCAAUAACUGAUGCUACAGAUAAAUCAGUCAUGUUUAAUUGGGAUGUACCAGUUAGUGUAAAUGAAAAUGAAUCUUUAGAAUAUGUUGUUAAUUAUAGAGAUGCAACCAAAUAUUCAAGUCAACCAAUUAAUGUUUGUGUAACAAAGGAAUUGAAAGCAUUGAUAGAUGGUCUUAAACUGGGAUCUCAAUAUAUAUUCUCAGUUUGUGCACGAAAUGAAGUUGGUGAUUCCGCCUUUGCUGAAAGUCAGGCAUUCUUAAUGAAGUAUUCUUUUGACCCACCUGAAGCUCCAGGAAUACCUCAGGUUACAAUAUUAGAAAGUGGUCGCGUUUCACUGGAAUGGACACCUCCUUCAUCAGACGGUGGUUCUCCCAUCACAGAGUAUUUCAUUGAAAGCAUGGAUGAACGUCCAAUUGUAAAAGGUCAGCGCCGUACAUCGACCUACGGUUCUCGAGCACAGUGGAAUUCACUAACUUCAGGAAUUAUAUUUGAACCUAAUGUUCAACCGAAAGCUACAGUAACUGGUUUGUCACCUGAUAAACAAUAUACAUUCCGGGUAUGUGCUGUUAAUAAGGCUGGUAAAGGGCCAUUUAGUCCGCCAUCAGAAUCUUGUUUACCCUUAAUGAAACCUCCUAAAGUUCCUGGAAAACCUGGUCCUAUAACCGUCGAACCUUUAAAUGAAUCAAGUGUCAAUUUAACUUGGACACCUGGUACUGUGAAUGAAGACUUUGGACCAGCUGAUUAUUAUAUCAUUGAAACUUGUGAAGAUGAUGGUAAUGAGUGGAAAGAAGUUGGAAAGACAACCAAGCCAGAUGAUUGCAACUUGAACGUGAACAAUCUAGAUAGUUCAACACGUUAUCAAUUUCGUGUUCGUGGAUUGAAUAAAGAAGGUGUCGGUGAACCAUCAAAACCAUCAGAAAGGAUUUGCUUAAAGAAAGAUGCUCCAUUAAUUAUAACCAAAGAAUUAGAAUCAAUUCAUUUGAAUGAAAUUCCACAAACAAUUGAAUUUAUAUGUCAUCUUUCUAAAGUACCACAAAAAGUUCAAUGGUUCUAUGAUAAUAAACGUUUAGAUACAUCAAAUUUACGUAAAUAUCGUUUUAUUGAUGAUGGUAAAAUACAAAAAUUAGAAAUAUUAAAAAUUACAUUAGAUGAUGUUGGUAAAUAUUCCAUUAAAAUUGAUAAAUUAGAAUCAAAAGCAACAUUUGAAAUUGAAUUACCACCUAAGCUUUGUCUACCAGAUGAUUUCUCUGAUACAAUCAUACUUACUCAGGGGAGUAAUCGUAAUAUAGAAAUACCAUUUACUUCUUGUCCACCUGCUACUAGUAUUGUUUGGUAUUGGAAUGGUAGUCGUACUCUGCCUGAUCCAACAAAACGAACUGUUCCAGAUAAUGAUUCAAAGUCUCAAGCAGUACUUCGUCUUACUGCAGUACAAGUUUCUGAUGGUGGAAUUUAUGAAGCUAUUAUCACUAAUCCAUAUGGAGAAGCUAAAGCAACCAUAACAUUGAAAGUUCUUGGAACCCCUGGCCCAGUAACAUCAUUGGAAGCACAUGUUGAGUCACCUACAGAAGUAUCUGUUUUAUGGAAACCACCUGAAGAUGAUGGCGGUAGCCCAUUGACAGGAUAUAAAAUUGAACAACGUCAAUUAGCUCCUGAACCUGGAGGUGUUUUACGUUCUCAGGCUAAGGAGUGGAAGUCAAUUGCAAAUGUUAGUUCGAAAUCAAAAACAUCUGACGAUGAAGAACCAUUUGUACAUCGUAUCACAGGGUUAACUGAAGGAGCCACUUAUUUGUUUGGUGUUUCUGCAGUUAAUGAUUGUGGAAGUGGACCAAGGAAAGAAAUUUCCGAUGGCUUAAUAAUGAAAUCUCCUUAUGAUAUUCCGGAAAUUCCAAAACAACUUACUGCCAAACCAAUAAAUCAUUCCACUAUUGAAUUAGAAUUCAAAUUACCAGUUACACAUGUGGAAGCACCUUUAACUAGUGUAAUUGUUGAAUAUCGUCCUAAAAAUGUAUCAAGAUGGAAAACUCAAACAUUUGAACCAUGUUCUAUAGUACAAAUUGAUAAACUUGAAGCAAAUACAGAAUAUGAAUUUUGUGUAAGUUGUACUAAUUUGGCUGGUAAAAGUGAAUCAUCAAAUCCUGUUAAAGCUAAAACAAAACAAUUGCCAAAACCUCCUGAUGCUCCGAAGCUUGACAAUGUUACACCUGUCAAUACAAACUCAGUAAAAGUCAAUUGGUUUUCUCCAACAACUGAUGGUGACAGUCCAAUUACAUCAUAUCAAAUAGAGAUGUGCGAUGCUAAAAAUGGCACUGAAGUAUGGAAACCAAUUGAUGCUUUAAACAUAGAUCGUGCAGAUCAAAGGCUACUAUCUCCAGACGAACAAAAAUCAUAUGAGUUAAUUGUGAAAAAUUUAGACAAUUCCAAAUCUUUCAAAUUUCGUGUUAUUGCUGUGAAUAGUAUAGGACCAGGUAAACCAUCGAGAAGUUCACAACCCGUUACACCUGGAAUUGAAGUCAAUAUUAUUCGACCAUUGAAUAAUGUUUAUUUUGAUGAAAUUCCAAAAUCUGGAACAAAAGUUGAAUUAGAAUGUGAAUUAAGUCAAUCUAAUUGUCGAAUAAAUUGGUUAUAUAAUGGAAAACCAAUUGUAUUGGGUAAAAAAUAUGAUUUUUCUCCAGAAGGAAAUAUUUAUCGAUUAAUUAUUAAUGAUAUUACACUUGAUGAUAUGGGUACAUAUGAAUUAAAUUAUAAGAAGUUAAAAACACAAUGUAAUGUAGAAGCUAAAAUUCCACCAACACUUCUUGAAGAUACAGAAGAAAGUCAUACACGUCGUAUUAAUGUUGGUUCAAAUUGUGUACUUGAAGUACCAUUUAAAGCUUAUCCAAAACCUACUAUAAAAUGGAUUGCUCAAGGUAUACCUAUUACUGAUAAAACAAAACGUUAUCAAGUCAAUAUAGUAUCUGGUUUAACAUCAUUAUCUAUACAACGUGUACAAAAUGAUGAUACUGGUCAAUUAGUUGCUAUUAUUGAAAAUGAACAUGGAAAAUUAACAUGGAAAUGUGAACUCAUUGUUAUUGAUAAACCAAAACCAGUUGAAAAUUUAACUGUUGAACCAAGUAUAGAUCAACUUUUUAUGAUAAUUCAUUGGAAACCACCACGUAAAGAUAUAAAUAAUCCAAUAACACAUUAUGAAUUAGAAUAUCAUAAUUCAAAAAAUCGUUCAUGGCAACCAUUUAAUAAUGGUCCAUUAGAUACAGAUGAUUUAUAUAAAAUACCAAAUCAUUUAACAACAAUUCAAAUAAAAAUUACUGAAAAAGAAACAGCAAAUAGUUUAGCAUCAAAUACAGAUUAUUAUUUUCGUAUGAUAGUUGUGAAUUCAAUUGGAAAAAGUGAACCAACUGAAACACGUUCAUUUAUUAAAACACCAAGAUUACCAAAACCACCGAAAUUAAAAUAUGAUACAACUUUGGAAAUGUGUAAGACAACCGCUGGACAAAAGCAUGCUAUACCCGUUAGUGUAGAAGGUGAACCAUCUCCACAAAUAAAUUGGAAAUUUAUUCCUGACGGUCAUCCAAGUGAUGAGAAAAUUCCACUUCCUAGUGAUGCACAAACAGAAGCAUCCGGUCCUGAUCAAGAUGGUGUGAAUAAAAUUGCAUUGAAAUUCCGAAAAAUAUCACGAUCAUGUGACGGCACAUAUAUUUUAACAGCUGUAAAUAGUUGUGGUGAAGCUCGUGCUGAAUUUCAUGUAACUGUGUUGGGUUUACCAAGUGCACCACAGAAUCUUAUUGCAGCAAAUUUGUCAAAAACUUCCAUUCGUUUAAAUUGGUCACCACCUACUGAUACUGGAGGUAGUCAAAUAUUAAAUUACGUCAUAGAACAAGCUGUAGUUAAAAAUAAUUUUGCUACACCAUCUACUGUAGGUUAUUGGGAACCUGUAACACGUAAUCUUCCAGUACAUGAAGCAUCUGAUGGUUCUACAGGACAUAUUUAUGAUAUUAUUAAUUUGGCAUCAGAAAAAUAUAUGCUUUUUAGAGUAGCAGCUCAAAAUAAACAAGGAAUUGGUGAAUUUGAAGCUAUUACAAGUCCUCUUUUAGUUACAUCUCCACAUAAUUUACCUGGACCACCAAAAGAUUUAAAUGGUACAACUGAUAAAGAUGGACAAGUUCAUUUAGAAUGGAAACCCCCACAACAUGAUGGUGGUGCUAAAAUUAUAAAUUAUAUCAUAGAAAAAUGUUCAUCAUUAAAAGAUGCUAAUUGGUCUGAGAUUAAACUUUCUGAUUCAUCUAAUACAAUGCGAAUUAUACCAAAUCUUAGAGAUGGUAUCUGUUACUUCCGUGUAUCAGCUGUCAAUGAUGCUGGAAAAGGUUCACCAUCUAAUAUCAUAAAUGUAGAUGUUAAAAAAGGUUCUGAUAAACCUGAUCAACCAGGUCAACCAACAGUUGAAGUAAUUGCAGAUGGUGCUGUUCAAUUGCGUUGGUCACAACCAUUAAAUGAAGGUACUGGUGGACCAAUAAAAGGUUAUGAAGUACAAAUUUGUGAAGUUGGUUCAAUUAAAUGGAAACCUACUUCAUCAGAUUUAUGCUCAGUGAAUGAAAUUCGUUUAACUGGAUUAAAUCCGGCACAAGAUUAUUUAUUUAGAGUAAUUGCAAUUAAUGAUGCUGGGUUAAGUUUACCUUCUGAACCCAGUAGACCUAUUCGACCAGCUACUGAUGUGGAUUUCGUUCGCCAGUUGGAGAAUCAGUCUAUUACAGAGUUACCAUCUGAUGUUGUAUUUGAAUGUGAACUCUCUCGACCUGGUAUGACAUUGAUAUGGUCUAAAGAUGGACGUGAUCUAAAUUUGUCGUCACGGUGCGUGUAUAGCGUUAUUGGAGAAGGUGACAAAGCUUUUUGUAUUCAUCGACUAACUCUUAUAAAGGUUAGUCCGGAUGAACAAGGUGUAUAUAGUGCGAGAUUAGUAACUGGGAAAAAAACGGAAGCUAUGUUGACGAUUGAAUGCCCACCAAGAAUACUUUAUGAUGGACCAUUAGAAAUACAAUUACUCAGUGGCAAAAGUACAGUGAUUGAAGUACCGUAUACUGGUGCACCAUUUCCAGACGUUAAUUGGUCAUUUAAUCAUGGACCAUUACCGAUUGGAGCAAAACGUGAUACUCCUAUUGCAUCAGUAGAUACAGUAUAUGGAUUAACAUGUUUGCGUCUGCGUCAUGUUACAGGAGAAAUUACUGGAAAUUACAAACUUCUGAUAAGUAAUGAGCUGGGAAAGGCAACUUUAGAACUUAUUGUGAAAGUACUAGAUGUUCCAGGACCUGUACGUCAAUUGAAGGCAACAGUUCAAAACCAACCGUCUGGUACUGCAUUACUUACAUGGCAAGCACCAAAAGAGGAAGGCGGUUCACCAAUAAUUGGUUAUCUUGUUGAAAAACGUGAAGCGAAUAAACGUAGUUGGACACCAUUUGGCUCCCAAGUUAAAGAAUUAAGCUGUGCCGUUGAUGGUUUGACAACUAAUACAGGUUAUUUCUUCAGAGUUAUGGCUCAAAAUAUAUCAGGUUGCUCUGAGCCAACAGAAACCGAUAUAUCAGUAGUGAUACCAUGUUUAACAAAACCUCCAUCAGCUCCAGGGACGCCAGAAGCAAGUGAUAUUGGUACGGAUUCAUGUCGAGUCAGUUGGGAACCACCCAGUUCAGAUGGUGGUGCUCGAUUAACAUUUUAUCAUUUAGAGAAAAGAGCAAAUCUUAAAGGUAAUUGGGUAAGAGCUUGUGCAGAUAAAUUACCUAUUUUGGCAAAUGAAGUAAAAUCUACCUAUGUGACAAAAGUAACUGGGCUUGUACCAGAUAAUGUCUACGAAUUUCGUGUAGCAGCUGAAAAUGCUGAUUUCAUGGUUGGCGAAUACUCCAAUUCAAGUCAUAGAAUUUCAACUCAGCUACCAUUCUCUGUACCCGGUAAACCAUCAAGACCUGAGAUUCAAAAUAUUACAGAAACAACUAUUGGUUUAGCCUGGAAAGCACCAUAUGAUGAUGGAGGAGAUUCAGUAAAAAAAUAUGUUGUUCAAUAUAAAACUACAUCAUCAAGUGAAUGGAAAACAGUUAGUGAAAUGCCAGUUGAUCUGGAAUUUACUGUAGCUCAUUUACAAUCAGAUGAACAAUAUGAAUUCCGUGUAGCAGCUAUCAAUUCAGCUGGUCAAGGACCAUGGUCUGAUACAUCGGAACCAUGUAAUCCAGCUAAAGCGAUCGAAUCUUCUAAACCUUCAUUAGUCAAUCCUUUAAGUAAUGUAACAGUAUUAGUUGGUCAAUCAGUUGAAUUAAAUUGUGAUUUUCAAUUGGGUGAACCAAAAGGAAAUGUUACUUGGUUUAAAGACGGUAAACCCAUAAGAAGUCAAGUCAAGUAUUCAACAAGUUCAGCAUGGGAACGCCGAGCUAAUUUAAAAAUAAAUCGUACUAAAUUAGAAGAUGCUGGUGUAUUUAGUUGUGUAGCAGAGAAUCCAUCGGGUAAAGUUGAAACAACAUGUCGUGUAAUUGUAGCUCAAAAACCCAUUUUAAAUCUUGAAUUAGACAAAUCUGCAUCAAGUAAUGUAACUGGAAUUUUAAGUAAAUCAGAUCACUUAACUGGUCGAGUCGGUGGCUGUUUAGUACUGAAAGCUACUUGUGAAGCUUUUCCAGAUUGUGAAUCUAUAGUAUGGUUUAUCAAUGGAAAACAAGUUGAUUCAAGUUUAGAUUCAGAAUUAUUAUCUCGUGUAAUAAUUAAUGAUACACCUACAAGUCGAAUUUCAAAUGUACCUAAACCUCAAGUUUCCAUACUAACUAUCAGUAAUCUACAUCUUUCGGAUGCUGGUGAAUAUGGAUGUAGUUCAGUAAAUGAAGUAGGAACUGCUCAAUCUGCUAUAAAAUUAAUUUUAAACGAUCGUCCACAACCACCAAUGUCCAUUGAAGUAAUUGAAAAUCGUGGUCAAGAUUGGAUAGAGGUUAAAUGGGAAAGACCAUCUAGUGAUGGUGGUUCAAAAUUGACACGAUAUGUAAUUGAACGUCGUGUUAUUGCUACUUCUAGUGAUCGACCUACAUCAAUUCAUGAAACAAAUUGGUCUAAUGUUGGUCAAGCUGGACCAUAUGAUGAUCAUUUACGAAUACAAAAUUGUAAACCUGGAACAGUUUAUUCAUUCCGUAUUUUUGCUGAGAAUGAAAUUGGUAUGAGUGAUCCAACAGAAAUUGAAUCACCUUAUCAAAUGAAAUUAUAUACAGAUUUACCAUUACCUCCGACUCAUGUCACAGCAGAACGUUCAUCGCCAAGAGAAGCUAAAAUUCAAUGGCGUCCACCUAUUAUUGAUGAUGGUGAUUCCAUUCAAGGUUAUAUGGUUGAAUUACGUGAAACACCAGAUCCAAAAGGUCAAUAUACAUCAAGAUGGACACAAGCUAGUCCGAAAUUAAUACGAUCCGGUACUACCUUAAAAGUUGAUGAUUUACAUCCUGAUAUGUUUGUUCAAUUCCGAGUUCGCGCUCGUAAUCCAGUUGGAUUUAGUGAACCAUCUGAACCAUCUGAUUGGAUUGAGCCUAUAGUAAAAAAACCCCGUGAAAGUGUAGAUGAAUCAAUGCGCAAAAAAGAUGACACUACGAAAUUACCUAAAGAUGAUAAACCACCUUUGGAUAUUGUACAAGAAAUAAUCGCACUUAAAGAAGCUAGUCGUCCGAAGAAAAUACUUGAUAAAGAUGCACCUCGAAUACAACUUAUUAAUGAAGAUACUUAUCGUUUAAGACCAGGAAAUAAUUUACGUGUCGGUGUACAUAUUGAUUCUAGUUCCAAAGCUAAUGUGGAACUUUUAACAGCAAGUGGGCAACCAUUACUUGGGAAUGCACUUGGAAGAACUCGUAUAGAACAAUUUGGAGAUGAUUUCUAUGUGAAUUUACGUAAUGUCAAUCUGUCUGAUGCAGGUACUUAUUGUAUAAAAGCAAUAAAUACAGCAGGUGAAAGUAAUCAAUUAAUUAAUUUAAUUGUUCUCACUGAACCACUUCCACCAAAAUCUCCGUUGAUAGCUAAAGUAAUUGAAAGUCCUAAAGGAUACUCUGAAGGUGCAACAGUUGAAUUAACAUGGGGACCAUCACCAUUACGUGAUGGUGAAUCACCAGAACUUACUUCACCAGUAUUAGGAUAUUGCGUUGAACGACGUGAAGGUCAACGUCGACAACAAUUUAAUUAUCCUAUUCGUUUGGUUGGUUCAGAUAAAUUAUCUGUAAAAAUACCAGAUUUGAAACCAGGAAUUGAAUAUGUAUUUCGUGUCAGUUCAUAUAAUGAUGUAGGAUCAAGUGAACCAACUUAUUCAGAACCACUUGUCAUUAAAUCUCCAUAUGGUGUUCCUGAUGCACCCAAAGGUCCUUUAGUUUGUUCUGAUCUUACGGAUUCCUCAUUGAAACUUACAUGGUUACCACCUGAAGACAAUGGUGGUCUACCUGUGAAAAGAUAUUAUAUUGAAAUGAAAGAUGUUGGUAAUCCUGCUGGAUGGAUACCUUUAGGUACUGUAUCAGCAGAUUCUACUUCUUAUCUGGUUAGUGGAUUACAACAAGGAUUCGCUUAUCGAUUUCGUGUGCGGGCUGCUAAUGAUGAAGGGCUCAGUGAUUGGUUAGAAACAGACAAAUCUAUAUCUUUCCGCCGCCCAGUAACAAAGCCAUCUCAGCCUGAGGGACCUUUACGAAUGCUGCCCGAUGGAGAUAGAGCCGUCCGUUUAACUUGGAAUGCUCCGCUAGACGACGGUGGAUCUCCAAUUAAAGAUUUCAUAGUUGAAGUAUGCCUCGAUAGAUCAGGAGAACAUUGGCAACCUGUUGGUGAAGUGCGUGGAUUAAGCAAACGAAUUGAAAAUCUUAUUUCAGAUGGCAUUUAUAGCUUUCGCGUCAGUGCUCGUAAUGAAGACGAUAAAGUUGGUCCACCACUUUAUUCAGAAAUCUACAAACCAGGUGCGCCUAUGACGCCACCUGGCCAACCUGUUGGUCCACUAAAAGCUACAUGUAUCGGAAUCGGUCAAGUGAAAUUGGAAUGGAAACCUCCAAUAGUCGGUGGUCAAAGUGGUUGUGGAGUUCCUGAUGAGUAUUUAAUUGAACGCUAUGAACAAAAGAAAGCACGUUGGGCGUACGUGACUCGUCAAAGUGCUUCAACCGGGACAACUGUAGUAGUCUCUAACUUGCAGCCGGGUUCCGAGUGCCAGUUUCGUGUGCGGGCUGAAAAUAGAGCAGGGUCUGGCCCUUUGCUUGAAUCUGAUCGUCCAAUCACAGUCGUUAGUCCAUUUAAUCCACCUGGUCCACCUGAAGGUCCAAUUAAUAUCUCAGAAGUUCAAAUGGGUGCUAGUCGAGCGGACUGUUCGGCUCGUAUUUCUUGGCGACCUCCCUUAGAUACAGGUGGCUUACCACUUACUCGUUAUGUGCUACAAAUGCGUUAUGCUAAUACUCCAGGUUGGCAUAGAGUGACGGGGCUUCAACGAACAAUUAGUACAGAUGAAAUAAGUGAUAAAUUAGACACUGGAAAAAUAGAUUUGGCUACUACUUCACUUGUAACUGGUUUAAUGCAAGGUCAACGCUAUAUUUUCCGAGUUGCUGCUGUUAAUGAAGUCGGAACAGGUGCAUUUUUAGAAUCUGAAACAUUUGAAAUGCCUGAAGAUGAUAGCUGUAAACCUAAAGCAGACUGGGUUCGUAUUGCUGGAAAAUCAGCUGAUAGUGUAACUGUAGAAUGGCUUGUCCCACACGACUGUCGUCACGACCAUGGACCUAAUCGAGCUCAUCACCUAGCUAUUGAUGGUUUUCGUGUGUUCGUUAGACCAGCAACAACACCUCAGCCAAGCAAUGUAUCUCAAUGGCAACAAGUUGCUGAAUUAGACCACUAUCUUAAUCGUCUGGUUGUAGGAAAUUUAAAACCAAACCAAUUUUAUUAUUUUGGUGUGGCUGCUGUGAAUCAGUCAGGUCAAGGUGAAAUCAUUUCUACUAAAGAACCUGUUUGUCCAGAAGCUAUUACAACUGUACCAAGUCAACCUAUAGGACCAUUACAAGUAUCUAAUAUAACAGAUAAUAGUUGUCAAUUAUCAUGGUUAAGUCCUGCAAGUGAUGGUGGCAGCCCAAUAUUAGGUUAUAGAAUAUACAAACGUGAAAUGUAUCGACGUAGUUGGCAAGAGAUUGGACGUAUAACUGAACUAUCUGGGUUGACUAGUUCAAGACAAUUACAAUUUCAAGUACAAUAUUUAAUGCAUGGUACUGCUUAUGAAUUUCGUGUUGUAGCUGAAAAUAAGAAUGGUUUAUCUGAACCAUUAGAUACACAAGCUCAAGUGCAUCCAGCCAAAGAGACUAGUGUCCCAGGACCACCAAGAGGACCAUUACGUGUGCGUGAAGUUCCUGAUAGUAUUGGAACGCUGGAGUUGACUUGGUCACCACCAUAUGAGCUAGGAGGAUUACCUAUACUUGGCUAUCAAUUAGAAAUACGCCAAGGACGCUCAUUUAAUUGGAAACCAUAUCCUUCAUCGCAUGAACUUGUUGCUUGUGGACCUGAAAAUAAAUUUCAACCGUCACAUAUUAUUACCGAUAUACAACCAAAUAAAGAAUACUUUUUCCGAGUGUCAGCUGUCAAUAAAGAAGGAAUUGGUUUACCACUUACUGCUGAUGAUAGUUAUGUAAAAUCCAUAAACUUAGCUCCACCAAAACUUGUAAUGGGUCGUCGAAUUCCCCCCGAUGAAGCUGUAGAUCAAAGUCAUGUGAAACCAAUACUACAAGUUUCUUGGGAAUGGACUCCAUUAAUGGCAUAUGAACCACAACCAAUAGGUUUUCAAGUGGAACGACUUGAUAUUGCAUCUCGAGGCGGGAAAUGGGAAUCGAUUGAUUUUAUUCCUAUCAGUGAUCGUACACAAAGAAAUUAUACUCACCAGUCCAUUUCACCAAGUCAUGAUGGGAGUUAUAAGUUUAGAGUAUCCACUGUAUACAAUGAAGGUGCUAGCCAACCGGUUGAAACGGGCGUUGUAUUGGCUAGUCUUCCAACAAUAGGACGAUCUGAUUCGACAACACCCAGUCACUAUGUACCUCCCGUUCCAUCUGUUUUGCUCAAAUCUGAUAGCAAACUGGGUUAUGAACUUGAGUGGGAGGCUCCAGAAGGUCAAGGUGCUGAAGAUAUUAAAGGGUAUACGUUGGAAGAUUGGGAUUCAAGGAAACAGAAGUGGGCACCAUUAAUAGAAAUUCCAGUAAGUGCGCCUCGACAGUUAGUUUUGGCUGCAUCACACACACCUGACAAGGACUAUAAAAUGAGAAUUAUUAGCCAUGGAAAAGCUGGUAAGUCUAUUCCAACGGAAUUCGGACUAUAUCGGAGUCCGAUUGAGUCAAUCUCAUCUAGGCCUCCAUCUAGAUCAUGGACAACACUACCAAGUACAUCAGGUCUUCCAAUUUCUGCGAUGUCCCAUGAUAAAACUCGUCCACGAGCAGAUAUUGACGAUGACUUUGAUUUGGAAUUGGCCAUGAUUACGGGAGUUGAACCUGGUUCUGAUGAAGUAAAUGAGUUCAUUCGCUCAAGGCGUCAGAUGGUUCAAGAUAUGACGCAACGCAUGAUUACACCAUCAUCCAUAGGAAGAUUUAGUUCAUUAGAAAAAGGAAGACUGGAUCUAGAUCGCACUGAAAGUUCACUAUAUUCGACUGGAAGGCUGACUUCUCAGUUAAGUAUUUCAUCCCCAGCCGGCCUGUAUAUUUCAGAUCAACUAAGAGGAGAAAUAGUAGGUCCAACAUCUGUUCAUCUCAUUUGGCCUGAACCAAGUGGGUUGUUAGCUCCAGACAAAAUAGCUUUUUAUGACAUUCAGAAGUGGGAACCUGCUCAUUCUAAAUGGGUUUCUGUUGCCAAGGCUCCGUCUAAAGUUACAGACUACACUUUAACUGGUCUCCGGUCGAGUGAUGAAAGCGGAUGGUGGUUCCGUGUCGUGCCUUCAGGCCGUGACGCAGAAUCGAUUGGAGCACCUUAUCAAAUGGCUAAACCUCUUUAUCCAAGAUCUCAGCAUGCUACAGUUCCUUCUUCUGUUUGGGGUGUAGAAAUUUCUCCUGUUUUUGGUUUACAUAAGAUAGAUCAGCGAACAAUUCAAGUUAACUGGAUGAAACCUAGUAAUGAUGGUGGUUCUGAAAUACUUGGUUAUCGUUUACUAAUUUAUGAUGCCGAUACUGGUGAUGAACAAGAGAUAAUUGUUUCUCCAAAAUUUUUAACUUCUAAAAUUGACUCUUUAGAUGCCUUUCAUGUUUAUAGAAUUACGAUUACUGCAUUUAAUCGUAUUGGUGAUUCUAUACCAGUUACUUCAACUGUACCAUUACAUCGUGAAACACCUGGCUUACCGUCUCUACCCUUACCACCCAGUGAUUUUCGAGCUGUUUUAACAGAUCAUUUUAACAAAGAAUAUUCCAGUUGUAUUUUAUCAUGGAAACCCCCAUCAUUACUUCCAUCAUCACCUAUAGAUUUUUAUGUUAUUGAAAAAUGGAGUUCACAAUCUAAACAAUGGAUUCCAUUUAAAAAAGUUCCAUAUGAUGUGUAUGAAAUUGAAAUUACUCAUUUACUUGAUGAUGUAGAUUAUGGUUUUAGAAUACGAUCACAAAAUGUCGCUGGCUUAAGCGAACCAUUAUGCUUAAACACUCAUAUUCGACCAAAUUUAGUCAAAGAAAAAGAUACUAAAGCGUUACCACCACCAGCUCCUGGAGCCCCAUUAGAAUUAAAACAACUUCAUAUUAAUCAAAGUGUAUCAAAGUUAAAGGCAGUGACAGAGACUGCUAAUCGUGUGAUGGAACUAUGCUGGAGUCAACCUACCUUCUUAACAGAUGAUGUAGGUCCAGUUAGAGGUUAUGUUGUUGAGGCUAGAAGAAGAGGUCAGGAAAACUGGGCGCUACUUGGCCGGCUACCUUCUACAAGAGACAGACAUUGGAAUAUUGUAUUUGGUCCUCAAACUGGUGAUUAUAAUAGGACUCCAACCCAACCUCACUCUCGACUACCCUCAACUCUUACCGACUCUUCUGACAAGUGGGAUAUGAGCUUGCCGCAAACCUUUUCGAAAAGUUAUCCAUCUCCAUCUAUGUUGCCAGGAGAACCGAAAGACUAUGAAUUUCGUUUAUAUUCAGAAAAUGAAUUUGGAGUAAGUGAACCAAUUUAUUUAAGACCCAAACUUGGAAGUCCUUUGAUUUCUGAACCACACUAUAAUAGGCAAUCAGCUUUUGAGUACUACGAGUUACCAACUCACAUAUCACCUCCAAGAGGACCAGUUCGUUUAGAAACCAGGCCGAAGUCUUCUUUGUAUCAUGACAGAGUCCAAAGUGAUAAAGAUGUCACACCAGAAGAUUUGAUUUUGCAUUGGAAGCCUCCUUAUGAUACAACUAACAUUUCUGGCUACGAAGUAGUAUAUCGCACACCAUAUGAAAUGAAAUGGCAACCUAUAGGUAGGACAGAUUUAUCCGACACAAAUCUAAGAAUACCAAGUUCAUUAUUAAAUGAUUUUCCACAAACUGUUCAUGUUGGUGUACGUUCUGUUGGUGAUUAUAUUCCCGGAAUGACUGAACGUCCAUACUCUGAAACAAUUGAAGAAGUUUUGUCCGUUCCACAAAGUAUGUUUACAUCAUCUUACCAACCUAUACCUUAUAAAACAGCAAAAGAUACAUUUAGUCUACGGGCUCCUUCAGAGGUUCGUGCCAGUGUUUUCAAAUACACUCCUGAAAAAGAUAGCCCCGAAGAAGUAGCCGUGGCAUGGCGCCCACCCAGUGGAAAAUCAGUGGAAAAACAUGGUUUGGAAAGUUUGCCAGAUUCUUAUUUAAUUUUAACUAGGGAGUUAGGUCAUUCUGAUUGGAAAGAAAUUCAAACUAUCCCUAGUAAUAUCACCAACACCCAUAUUAGAUCAUCUUUGCUACCACAAGGUCGAGAUAUAUAUAUUGGUGUGGCGCCUGUUCGUGGUAUUCAAAUAGGACCAAUUAUGUCUACUUUAGAUACAAUAAAGUUAUCGGAACCUACAAGCCCGGGAAGGCUCUCUUCAAGAAGUUCUUUACCAUUCAUUUCAGCUGAGCCAUUGAUUGUUUUACCAGAAGGACCAGAUGCAAUACGCGUUCAAUGGAAACCUACAGAAGCGUUAAUUAGUAAAUUACCUCAAAAAGGAAUUUCAGAUUAUCGACUAGAAAUGAGACGCCCACAUGAAAUGGACUGGAAGCCUAUUGGAAUUCCAAAAUAUCUAGAUAUGUUGGAUGGAAUAUUACCCAUUUCAAGUCCAAUAGAAUAUAGACUGGAUAAUCUAAAACCAGGUGAACGUGUAGAAUUGCGCGUCGCUACUCGACCAACUCAUUCAGCCCCAUCGAUUCCUAUAACUGAUACAUUAUUUUAUCAGUUCAUUCCUCCUUAUGAUGUACCUUCAAAACCUAGAGGACCUUUAAUGAUUGAUAUAAUACCUACCUAUUCUUCAAUAUAUUCAAGAAGGCCUUCAUCUAGUCUAGAAAGAAUUGAAUCUCCGUUGUCAUUCUCAACACAUACAACACCACAUUUGGACUCAAAAAUGAUUCAACUUAAAUGGCAUGCACCCAGUGACACAGGUGGUUUACCUGUCACAGAAUAUGUGAUAGAACGUCGUGGAGGUCCAGUGAAAAGCACCUCAAGUGAAUGGAUCCCCGUAUUAUCUGUUUCAGGAGAGACAACUUCGGCAGUGAUUCCAUUUCCAAGUACUCUGACUAAUGUUUACCCUUAUUCUUACCGUGUUCGAGCAGUCAAUCGUAUGGGUGCAAGCAGUCCAUUAGAAACUUUAAGACCAUUGGAUUUUGAGACAUCACUGUUAGAUCAAGCUAGCAGACCUUCUUCUCGUGUUAGUUACCGACCACUACCACCCUCUGCACCAGCUGGACCCUUACGAUCAGAAUUUCUUCCUUUUGAUUCAGGUCUUCAUUUAGAAUGGCAGCAUCCUCAAAAGAGCUCUUACAAAUUAGAUGAAUCACUGUCUAUGCCAUCCUCAUACGUAAUCGAAGCUACUGAGGCUAGCAGACCAGACGCACCUUGGAUUGAAGUUGGCCGUGUCCCUGGUACUGUCACAUCAGCUGAUGUUCGAAUUUUGCCUACACCGUAUAGAAGCGAGUCGACGGAACUUCCAUAUACACCAAGCUCAUACCAUGUACCCCCUACUCUUCUAUAUCGAAUAAGGAGUGAAAAUGAGUUUGGUUUAAGUGCACCACUUGUGACAAGAAUUGAACCACCUGGUUAUCCUGUAUAUGAAUCCAAACUUGGGUUCGAGCACCCAAAAUUAAGCUCCGGUCGCCUUGAAACUCGUUUACUGCCAACGUCAUCAGAAUUUCAACUACCUCAGAUUGAAUUACGCUGGCCUCCUCUUGCUCCAGAAUACAGACGACAAAGUUUCCCAUCAUCCGCUGAUCGCCGACCUAUAACCCCUCUCAUAACACCAGAUAUAAGUUACCUUGUCCAAGUUAGAAAAGCUGAAGAUAUUGGAUGGCAGACAUUAGCCACCUUACCAUACGGUCAAGAAACAUUUAUUUAUCACCCCAAAGUAGAAAAAAUACCCCAUAGACCACGGUCUAGCGUGGGCUCAGUUUACAGACUAGAGGAAAAACCAAUAUUUGAAGCUUACCAGUUCCGUGUAGCCCCAAGAAGUCAUUUCGGUGUUGGGAGAUUCAUAGAAUCGGAUGUGGUCAGCUGGAGUCCGUCUCAUUUGCAAGCUGGUGAUCACAGAACAGUAAGCUUACCGGGACCUAUAUCUAUGGAACUUAUGGUUCCAUCUGUUCCUCAACCAAUAAUACCUUCUCCUGAGCGUUUCCACUUGAUUGAUGUGUCUACCGAAUCAGCUAGUGAACGUAUGCAAAACAGAUUGGGAAGUAUAACAUUAUCCUGGCAUCCUCCAGCGGGUAUGUCUUCGACCUUACGCUCUACUGCAGAUUUUGUCGUUGAAUCAUGGCGUCCAGACAAACAAGAAUGGUGGCCGAUAGCACGACGACCAGCUGCUAUCAGUGCUGAAUCUGUACCGGGUAGAUAUGAAAUAAGCGUCGAUCGCUUACCACUCGGACAAACUUAUCAUUUCCGAGUUCUAACGGAAACAAAAGAUGGUCGAAGUGAACCAGUUAUUCUUCCGCAACCUGUUUUCAUGCCUCAAUUAGAUAAAGAAAAGAAAGCGAAACCAGCUCCACCUUCUCAUCUUAGAGUGUCAUUAUUAACUGGCAGUACAAAAGGUGCUUUGUUAACAUGGCUUCCACCAUCAACAGUAACAUUCUCAGGUCGACGUAGCAGUUUGUCAUUACGUUGUCCUCCAACUGGAUAUAUAUUAGAAUAUUGUACAUUACCAUCAACAGGAAAUGAACCAACUACUUGGAAACGGUUAGCAGUAUUGGAUGCUUGGGAAACAUCUUAUCAAACAACUGAUUUACAACCUGAAACUAGAUAUCUAUUUCGUAUAAUGUCUCGUGGACAGAUCACUGAUUCACCACGUUCUGUAACACCAUCAAGGCUUGGAAAAAUUAGUCGAACUACAAUUGAUUCAAGCGUUCUUAGUGAAGCAAUCCAUUCAGAAAUAUUUGAAAUGCCGAGAAAAACAAUUACUGUACCAAAAUUAACCGGUGAUUUAACAGUGAAAUCAACAACCAGUUUAUCUUCACUCUCACCAUCAGUUUCUUUACACUGGCAACCAAUUGAUGAACCAUUAACUGGAUAUAUAUUAGAUUUAUAUGAUUUAAAAGAACCAACUGGUUGGAGAACAAUUACACGGAUUAAUACAACUGAAAUACGUCAUCCAUUCCAUGGUGUUACAGUAACAGGUCUUCUACCGGAUCAUUCUUAUCGAUUCCGUGUUAUACCAUAUAAAGAUGAUUUAUUUGGUCGACCAUUAGAAACAUUGAAAGCUUAUACCGUUCCAAAAGCAGUAGGACAUGAGGAUAUUGAUUAUGAAUCAUUAAUUAUUCCUCCACCUAGGGGUCCAUUAUACGUGGAACCGGUCGGUGGUGGUGUUUAUCGUUUAAGGUGGCAACCAGUACAACUAAGAGGAUUAACUGAUAUUAUGCAUAGACGUAAAUUAGAUGAGGAAAUUGAAUAUAUUAUUGAACAACAAACACCAAAUCGAAGAUUUUGGUUCGAAGUUGGUCGGACUCGUCUUACUGAUUAUGUAUUACCGAUUAACAGUGCUACAGUUAGAUUUCGUAUACGCUCAUCAUUAGCUGAUAUUUCGUCAAGUAUCGACAAACGCACUAAUUAUUCACUUUCAUAUGAUGGUCUCCUCUCCGAAUGGAUUCAUACAUUAGAUGACAGUUUACAGUAUGAAAAUAUACCUCGCAUUGGGAGUCCUAAGAGACGAUUAUCUAGUGAUGAAGUUUUUGACAUUGGUCGAAUUGUUCCAGAUGGAUUACGAGUUCUUCAUGUUGGUCCAACUUCUGCCUUACUAGGAUGGAAUUCUCUUAGAAUAGAUGAAGAAACAUUAUAUCCAUAUUAUCUCAUUUUAGAACGACGUAUCAUCAAUAAGUACAAACCAAGUAUUUGGGAGCCUGUAGCAAGAAUUCGCACUUCUGAUACAUCAUACGAAGUACAUGGUUUAUCUUCUGGUACAACAUAUGAUUUUCGUCUUGUUGGAAUUGAAGAAUCAACUAAAACUCGAAGUACAAAAUAUUGUCAACUUUUAAAACCAUUUACAACUCUUGGACAAUUUGAUUCAUUUGAAGAUGAUAUAAAAAUAUUUUGGAUUGAUCAACCAAGAUCAUUUAAUGCUAUUAGUAAAAUUGAUGAAACUCAAGAAGGUAUUAUGUUAACAUGGAAAUCACCUGAAAUGCCUAAUCGUUUAGAUGAGAAAUUACUUUAUAGAAUUGAAGUAAGAGGUUUUAAUUUUUCAGGUGAACCAAUUACUAAUUGGACUAAAGUUAUUUCAGAAUUAAAAACAACACAAUAUUUUAUUAGUUAUAAUAAAUUAGAUAAUUUAUUUAGUCAAUCAUCUAAUUAUCAAUCUAAUAGUAUAUCAUCUAUAACUAGAAGAAGACAUAUAAGAUCAAUUGAUUUUGAUCAACAACAAUGGCAAUUUCGUGUAUUCGCUGAAUUGGAUAAUAAACAAAGUUUACCAGCUGUUACAAAAACACCAAUUACAUUAAUUCCUCAAGCUAAACGAAGUCCAUUACGUUUCAUCAAUUUGCGAGAUGAUCGUAUUAUUUAUGCUGUUCAUGGGCAAAAAUUAGUUUUGUCUGUAGAAGUUGAAGGAGAACCGAAACCAAAUGUCUUUUGGUAUUUGAAUCACAUACAAAUAGAUGAAAAAAUUUUACCUGGUUGUCGUGUGGCUCAAAUUGGUGUUGGUAUUUAUGAAUUAACUAUUGAACAAAUACAACCAAGUCAUGCUGGUUUCUUAGAAUGUCGUGUAUGGAAUAUUUAUGAAUCAAUAUCAGAAACAUGGGAAUUGAUAGUUUCAGCGGUGCCACGAUUCUGCCGACUUGGAUGGGCUGCACAACCUCAUGAAUAUGAAUUAAGACAUGGAGACAGCUGGUAUCUACGUGUUCCACUAGAAGGUUUAGAUUAUAUACAAGACCGUGAUUGGAUUACAAAAGUUUGGUUCGAGCGUUUAAGUCAUUUGACUCCUGGUCUUUCAGUUGAACCGUUGGAAAAUCGUGUUCGACUAAAUCUAUCACCUGGGUGCCGUUGGGUUGAAGUGGUUGUUGAUAAAUUAAAUCUAGCUGAUAGUGGACUAUAUCGACUAUGGAUACAGAAUCAAGCUGGUCGAGAUUACAUAGAUUUGCGUUUACGUAUUGCUGAUAAACCUUAUACUACACUACAGAAACCUCGAGUAAAACCACAUGGACCUGGAACAUUACUUAUAGAAUGGACUCCACCUUUGAUUACUGAUCGUUUAGAAUCUUUAGUUAAAUUUACUGGUUAUCGUGUAGAGUAUCGUCGUGAUGAACCUGGAGAAGAUUGGUUCCUUCUUGGUACUACAUCUGCUGAUCAAACUUAUUUUAUUGCACGUAGUCAAUUAAGAAAAGGUGUAAAUUAUCGUUUCAGAGUACGAUUAGAAAAUUGGCAUGGAUUAGGACCAGCUAGUGAUGCAUCAGAACCAGCACAAUUACCAGUACAUCGGCUUACAGAAGUUCUGGAUCUUAAUGAUAUGGAAUUCCGUCAUUAUACAGAUGGAUCAUUCGAUUCACGAUAUGAUAUUAUUGAAGAGUUAGCUCGUACUAGGAAUUCUGGUCUUUAUAGACUUGCUGAACGCUCAACUGGUCGUUAUUGGUUAGGGACUAUUAUAGAUACAAGUCCAUCUGCAUUGACUAAACGUCCAGUUAGUGCUUUAGGUAAACGCGACGUUAGCUAUCCAGAAUUACCUCCGCGUCCAGUUAGUGUUUUGGAAACUGAACGCCCUGUCCGUAGACGUGCUUCUUAUGAUAUAUCAAAGUAUACAACUAGACAUGAUAUUACUGACUGGGAACAGGAGAAAGCCGAACGUGAACUGAAACUACUUUCACGUAUCCAACAAGAAAACUUUGCACAUCUACAUGAAGCUUACACAGAAGCUAAACGUACUAUUUGUGUAAUGGAAGAUGUUACAUCCGGUGAUACAUUAUGGCAUCAAUUAGGUAGACGUAUUACAGUAACUGAACAUAAAGCAGCGGAUAUAUUACGUCAGUUAUUAGAUUUAACUGCACAAAUACACAAAAGUGGUGGUGUACAUCUUGGUUUACAACCAGAGAACAUCUUCUUUACUGAUCAAUCUAGACAACGGAUUGCAUUGGCUGAUCUAGGACAAAUGCAUGCACCAACUGUUGAUAAACCUGUUCGUUUAUCAUUUCGCUCUAUGGUAUAUAUUCCACCAGAAUUAACUAAUGCUAUGCCAAUUAGUAAAUCGGCAAGAGUUGGUCAACCUGCUGAUAUGUGGUCAUUAGGUCUAUUACUUUACCAAAUGACUACUGGUGAUACAGAAGGGCCACCUGAACCAGAGAAACUUGAAAAGAUGCAUUAUUCUCCAAAAAUGGUUGAUUUUACUAAACGUUUACUACAUACUGAUCCAAAACAACGAAUGACAGUUCAUCAAGCUUUGGAACAUCCAUGGAUAACAAGUAUGACAAGUACAAAAUAUGAUACAAUUGAACGAGAAGAAAAAGAGGAUCACUUCAAAUCUGUUUCUUCAUCAAGACAAUAUUCAUCAAAUCUAUCUAAGAAUUAUGAAUCACAAAUACAAGAUGAAAUUCUAGAAGAUGAUAUUGCUGAACGAAUAAAUAAACGUGCAUAUACAAGAUUAUUACGUUGGUUAGAUGCCAGUUAUAUAAAUGAAAAUGAUGAUAUUGAUACAAAUGAUAUAUCAACUAUUCGUAAAUUAUCAAGAGGUGGAUCUAUUCAUGAUUCAUAUCAUCGUUAUUAUUAUGAUUAUCAAACAUCAUCAUCUAAAGAAUCUGAAGAAAUUGUUGUACAUGCAAGAAUUACACCACGUGGUCAAGCACCAGAAAUAUUAACACCUAUGGGUUCAGUAAGUGCUCCAGAAGGUAGUACAACAAUGUUACGUUGUGCUGUUUAUUUACCGAAAAUAAAAAAAUCAUCACAUCUUACAGAUCAAUUGAGUGAUUUACAAAUUCGUUGGUCAUUAAAUGGUCGUGAAUUAAAUAUUGGUUGUCCAUUACCAUCAUUAAAAACUCCUACGACACAACAUUAUGUAUGUACAUAUGAUACUGAAACAGGUGAUAUUAAACUUCAUAUCAAUGAUGUUACAGUAUAUGAUGCUGGAACAUAUGAAGUUACUAUUAUUGGUCGAUAUGGUCAAGUAUCUGAUUCAGCAAAUUUGAAAGUAUAUGAAUCAACAACUCAACGUUCAAGUAUUAAUUCUGAUUUAUAUGUAACAAGUGAACUAGGUGCACGUAUUCUAUUACCAUUAGUUGAUAUGACAUGUACAACUGGUGGUAAGAUUCAAAUGAAAGCUAAAGUUUGUGGAAUACCAGUUCCUCGAUGUACAUGGUUACAUAAUGGUGUCCCAUUAACAGCUUCAUCACGUAGACGUUUCUAUCAAGAGGAUAUGAAUGGUACAUCAUCAUCAUCAGAAUUAAUGCUAAAACUUGAAAUAUCUGAAAUUACUACAGCUGAUGCUGGACUUUAUUCUUUAGUAGCUACUAAUAAAUAUGGAUCACAAACAUGUUCAGCUGUUAUUGAAGUAUUUGCUUCUCUUGAGGAUGGUUCAGAAGCACCACAUUUUCUUAAAGAAUUAACAAGUAUUACUGUUGUUGAAGGAAGUGCUGCUCGUUUUGAAACAUGUGCACGUGGUCAACCUGCACCAACUGUACGUUGGCUUAAAGAUGGUAAACCAUUAUUAACAGAUGGUAUACGUUUAUGUGUAUCACAAACAUCAACUGAAAGAUCUGGUACUAAUACAUCUAGUCAUACACUUUUAGUUAAAGAUGCUAUACCACGUGAUAGUGGAACAUAUACAUGUAUCGCAACAAGUUCAUCAGGUACUGCUAUCACUGAAGCAGCAUUACAUGUUCGUGGUUUAUUCGGUCGUGGAGGUCAUAUUGGCUCAGAUACAGUUAAUAGUGGUGGUAUUCGACAUCGUCAUCCUGAAUUCACUCGUCGUUUACGUAAUCAACAAGUUGAUUUUGGCAGUACUAUACGAUUAGCUGCAUCAGUAUUAGCUCAACCAUCAGCUACAGUGGUUUGGCAAAAAGAUGGUAUAGAAAUUUUAACCGAACCAUCGGAUGAUCCAAGAAUUACUGCUAAAAAUCAUAGCGGUCAUCUAGAAUUACGUAUUGAAAAUGUAUGUAAAGAUGAUUUAGGUCAAUAUACAGUGAUUGCAUAUAAUUCUGCUGGUGAAGCACGUUGUUCAUGCAUUUUACAAGGUACAACUAAAAUGGAAAUACAAGUGCCUAAAUUCACUAAAGAACUUCGAGAUUAUACAAUAUUAGAAGGUACUAAUUUAUGUUUAGAAACUAUAGCAAUCGGUGAACCAAUACCUGAAUUUAAAUGGGAAAAAGAUGGUUUUGAAAUUCUUCCUGAUGAAUAUGGUCCACCACGUAUUAUACCUGGAACAAAUGGUAGUGGUUUAGCUUAUUUACGCAUUCAGAAUGUUCGUAGUUCAGAUGCAGGUUUGUAUCGUUGCAUUGCAUAUAAUAGAUUUGGUCGUGAAAGAACAACUUGUAUUGUUCAUGUGGAAUCAAUUAAACAAAAAGGUAUACAUCGAUCAGAUAUGAUGAAUGGAUCAUUUACUUCGAAAAUAGACACAGAUUCUUCUUUAGCACUGUUAUCUGAGAAUGGUAUUAAAGCAUCACCAAGGGAUCAUUCAGAUUCACCCAAAUUAACUGGAUAUAUUAAUGUGUUACGUCCAUUGCCUAAGACUAUUGAAGUUGAAGAAGGCAGUCCCAUUGAACUAACAUGUCGUGUUGAUACAAAUUUACAUUACAUUCCUACAUGGAGUAAAUCAGGUCGAACUUUAACAUAUGAUGGUCGUAGAAGAAUUACUCGUAGUAAAGAUGGUGAACUUACAUUAGCUAUAGAUCAAGUAAUGUCAAAUGAUGAAGGAUCAUACACAUUGACAUUAGAAGCUUCUGAUGCAAAUGCACCAAAAAAUCUAGAACCAAUUAUACUUUCUACACGUGUACAAAUUAAAUCAAAACAAAAAUCACGUUAUGAUAUAGUUUCACGUGGAUCAUCUCGUGCUAAUUCUCGUGCAACAAGUAUUUCAAAUGGUCGAACUUCUAAAGAACCAUCAUAUCAAUUAUAAGCAAGGUAUAAAUGUUUACAAGACAAUAUAAAUUACAAUAACCAUGUAUUAAUAUAAGAUAUUUAUUUGUAUUUUUAGUCAUCUAAGAUAUUUUAACAUAUAUAAACCAUUUUAAUCUUGUUGCCAUGACAACAAUUUCUGUUAUUGAUAAUGAUCAUGAGAAUGACUAGAAUUCAACUGCUUCUAGAUUCAACGUUUUUUUUUUCAAAAUAAACAAUUGUAUGUAAUAUGACAAACAAUUAUGCAAUUAGAAAUCUUCAACAUUUCGAAAUUUUCGUAUUCACAUCUAUAUCAACUUUAUGAAGAUUAUGUACUUGUUUGUCUACAAUAUUAAUUUCUAUUAAAACUUGAUUAAACUUGAUGUAUGAAAAAUAAAAUAUUCGUUUCUUUUACUUUGUUUAAUAUAAAUCAAUUUUUUGUUGUUGUUGUUGUACACAUCCCCUUUAAGUAUUAACUAUUAUUAAUACUACUACUAGUACUACUAAUACUAAUACUACUCCUAUUACUACCAUUCUAUCUAAUUAACUCACUUAAUGAUAAGUCCAUUUAUUAGUUGAUAACAAUCUAUGUGUAAGAAUAUCCCUUUUUUUUGAGUAUAUCACAUUUCAUUAAAAAAAAAAUACCCUGAAUCCCCUCUUCCUCCUCCCCCCACCAAAAAAAUUUAUUUCAUUUAUCCUUUCAUAAUUUAUCAAUUUAGAUAAUAUUAUUUUAAAGAGAGAAAUGAAUGCAACUACCAAAACAAAAAAAAAAUAAGAAAAAGAAAAGGGAAAGAUUUUUGCAUUUCCAAUGAAAAACACAUUAUGAUUAGUUUUAUUUAUAACUAAGUAACUAUAACCAGAAUAUUGAUAAAGUUUAUCCAUGAAUUUGUUUGUUUAUUCUUCUUUCCUUUUUACCUUUUAUUUGGUAUUUAUUACACAUCCUUAUAUACUACUGAUUUAAAUUAUUUAAUUAACCAAUUAAUGAAAUGUUUAAAUAAAUCAUUCAUUG